AUGUCCCUCCAGGCAAACCAAGUCCGAGUCCUGGUCCUCAAAGAUAUGGAACAGCUGGAAAGGACACUCUUCCGCCUGGACCAAGGUACCUGGACAUUAUUUCCCUUUUAUGCAUGGCUUAGGUUACCAUGGUAUUGACUUAUUGAGAAUGAGAAUAAUGUGAUCAUUUAAGUAUUUAAAUAUGCUAAUGUGCUAGUUCUAUAGAUGGCCAAUGGGGACUGGGGAGUGUGGUUGCAGGCGGACAUGUACACAUGUCCCAGUCUUGUUGCAUUGCAGUUUUUGAACAUGUUGUUGUGAUGCGAGAGUUGUCUUUUAGUUUAUUAUAGUCCAAAUUAUUGCAUGGAUUCAGACACCUUUUGGUCACCCAAGAUUUCCGUUGUACGAAAUCCAACAGCGUUUUCUAGAUAGCACUCACACUAUACAUUGUGUGAAUAAUAGCCUGAUCCCAGCCAUUCAGUCAUUUUAAUUAUUUGUGAUAUCUGGUAACAUGAGACUAUUAUGAGACAUAUCUCUUCUUUAAGAAGAGAUUCUGGUUUAGAGGAUUUGAAUAACCUCUUUCAUUGUCUAUUAUUUUCAUAAACCACAACUACAGUUGCACAGCGACAACGGGAUUGAACAAGUAGAGAUCAAGUUUCACUCAAAUUCUCCAGUUGAGCAACUGUGCAGGCUCAACCACACUUGAUAAGGCAGCUGCUGCUGAGCUUAUUAGCGGAACCUAUUUUCAAAGAUUAGAAAGAACUCAUUUGGUUACAUGCACACUAUAAUAUGAUUAUUGUGAAUAGUCAGAUUAAUAUACAAAGUAUUCAGACCCCUUGACUUUUUCCACAUUUUGUUACGUUACAGCCUUAUUCUAAAAUUGAUUAAAUAGUUUUUUUCAAUCUACAUACAAUACCCCAUUAUGACAAAGCAAAAACAGGUUUUUAGAAGUUUGAGCAAAUGUAUAAAAAAUUAAAAAUUUAAAAGAAAUUUACAUAAGUAUUCAGACCCUUUACUCAGUACUUUGUUGAAGCACCUUUGGCAGCGAUUACAGCCUCAAGUCUUCUUGGGUAUGAUGCUACAAACUUGGCACACAUGUAUUUGGGGAGUUUCUCCCAGUCUUCUCUGCAAAUCCUCUCAAGCUCUGUCAGGUUGGAUGGGGAGCGUCGCUGCACAGCUAUUUGCAGGUCUCUCCAGAGAUGUUGGAUCGGGUUCAAGUCCAGGCUCUGGCUGGGCCACUCAAGGACAUUCAGAGACUUGUUCCGAAGCCACUCCUGCGUUGUCUUGUCUGUGUGCUUAGGGUCGUUGUCCUGUUGGAAGGUGAACCUUCGCCCCAGUCUGAGGUCCUGAGUGCUCUGGAGCAGGUUUUCAUCAAGGAUCUCUCUGUACUUUGCUCCGUAAAGGCCUGAUUGGUGGAGUGCUGCAGAGAUGGUUGUCCUUCUGGAAGUUUCUCCCAUCUCCACAGAGGAACUCUGGAGCUCUGUCAGAGUGACCAUCGGGUUCUUGGUCACCUCCCUGACCAAGGCCCUUCUCCCCGAUUGCUCAGUUUGGCCGGGCGGCCAGCUCUAGGAAGAGUCUUGGUGGUUACAAAGUUCUUCCAUUUAAGAAUGAUAGAGGCCACUGUGUUCUUGGGGACUUUCAAUGCUGCAGACAUUUUUUGGUACCCUUCCCCUGAUCUGUGCCUCGACACAAUCCUGUCUUGGAGCUCUACGGACAAUUCCUUCGACCUCAUCGCUUGGUUUUUGCUCUGACAUGCACUGUCAACUGUGGGACCUUUAUAUAGACAGGUGUGUGCCUUUCCAAAUCAUGUCCAAUCAAUUGAAUUUGCCACAGGUGGACUCCAAUCAAGUUGUAGAAACAUCUCAAGGAUGAUCAUUGGAAACAGGAUGCACCUGAGCUCAAUUUCAAGUCUCAUAGCAAAGAGUCGAAAAAUACUUAUAUAAAUAAGGUAUUUCUGUUUUUAAUUUUUAAUACAUUUGCAAAAAUUCCUAAAACCUGUUUUUGCUUUGUCAUUAUGGGAUAUUGUGUGUAGAUUGAUGAGGAAAAUGUUUUAUUUAAUCCAUUUCAGAAUAAGGCUGUAACGUAACAAAGUGUGGAUAAAGGGAAGGAGUCUGAAUGCUUUACGAAUGCACUGUAAUAGUUUGAUUUAAAUGUUUACAUGCUUUGCAAGGAGAAAGAUUUUUGUAAUAAUCCUGUUUACAUGGACACAUCUGAAAUCAGGCUACCUGAUGGGACUUAGAGGUAGAUCAGCUUUAAUGUUGCAGAUAGAUUGUGGCUUCCAUCAAUGUAAUUGUCUGCAUCAUUUCCAAUCCCCCAUAUAUUUUUUUGGUAAAUAUAUAUACACUGCUCAAAAAAAUAAAGGGAACACUAAAAUAACACAUCCUAGAUCUGAAUGAAUGAAAUAAUCUUAUUAAAUACUUUUUUCUUUACAUAGUUUAAUGUGCUGACAACAAAAUCACACAAAAAUUAUCAAUGGAAAUCAAAUUUAUCAACCCAUGGAGGUCUGGAUUUGGAGUCACCCUCAAAAUUAAAGUGGAAAACCACACUACAGGCUGAUCCAACUUUGAUGUAAUGUCCUUAAAACAAGUCAAAAUGAGGCUCAGUAGUGUGUGUGGCCUCCACGUGCCUGUAUGACCUCCCUACAACGCCUGGGCAUGCUCCUGAUGAGGUGGCGGAUUGUCUCCUGAGGGAUCUCCUCCCAUUCCUGGACUAAAGCAUCCGCCAACUCCUGGACAGUCUGUGGUGCAACGUGGCGUUGGUGGAUGGAACGAGACAUGAUGUCCCAGAUGUGCUCAAUUGGAUUCAGGUCUGGGGAAUGGGCGGGCCAGUCCAUAGCAUCAAUGCCUUCCUCUUGCAGGAACUGCUGACACUCCAGCCACAUGAGGUCUAGCAUUGUCUUGCAUUAGGAGGAACCCAGGGCCAACCGCACCAGCAUAUUGUCUCACAAGGGGUCUGAGGAUCUCAUCUCGGUACCUAAUGGCAGUCAGGCUACCUCUGGCGAGCACAUGGAGGGCUGUGCGGCCCCCCAAAGAAAUGCCACCCCACACCAUGACUGACCCACAACCAAACCGGUCAUGCUGGAGGAUGUUGCAGGCAGCAGAACGUUCUCCACGGCAUCUCCAGACUCUGUCACGUCAGUCACGUGCUCAGUGUGAACCUGCUUUCAUCUGUGAAGAGCACAGGGCGCCAGUGGCGAAUUUGCCAAUCUUGGUGUUCUCUGGCAAAUGCCAAACGUCCUGCACGGUGUUGGGCUGUAAGCCCAACCCCCACCUGUGGACGUCGGGCCCUCAUACCACCCUCAUGGAGUCUGUUUCUGACCGUUUGAGCAGACACAUGCACAUUUGUGGCCUGCUGGAGGUCAUUUUGCAGGGCUCUGGCAGUGCUCCUCCUGCUCCUCCUUGCGCAAAGGCGGAGGUAGCAGUCCUGCUGCUGGGUUGUUGCCCUCCUACGGCCUCCUCCACGUCUCCUGAUGUACUGGCCUGUCUCCUGGUAGCGCCUCCAUGCUCUGGACACUACGCUGACAGACACAGCAAACCUUCUUGCCACAGCUCGCAUUGAUGUGACAUCCUGGAUGAGCUCCACUACCUGAGCCACUUGUGUGGGUUGUAGACUCCGUCUCAUGCUACCACUAGAGUGAAAGCACCGCCAGCAUUCAAAAGUGACCAAAACAUCAGCCAGGAAGCAUAGGAACUGAGAAGUGGUCUGUGGUCACCACCUGCAAAACCAGUCCUUUAUUGGGGGUGUCUUGCUAAUUGCCUAUAAUUUCCACCUGUUGUUUAUUCCAUUUGCACAACAGCAUGUGAAAUGUAUUGUCAAUCAGUGUUGCUUCCUAAGUGGACAGUUUGAUUUCACAGAAGUGUGAUUGACUUGGAGUUACAUUGUGUUGUUUAAGUGUUCCCUUAAUUUUUUUGAGCAGUGUAUAAAUUAUAUAUAUUUUGAAUAUAUUUUCCUUCAUUAUUUUCCCCUGACCCUACCAUCCCUCCCCUAAUUGGAGUUAACUAAUGGACAACAACACUUAGGCUUCUACUUCCAGCUUAUACGUACUAUUAUACAUUUUACGGACACAGUAUAUUUUACAAUAGUUAUCUUUUGUUUUUAGUCCCAUCCUUCAGCUCCACUCAACCUCUCCCAUCUAUCUCUGAACACCAUCCAGUUUUGAUUUGCCAUAUUUUUUUAAAACGGUGCUGUGAUGUUUCACAAAAGUUCUGAACCUUUCUAUUUUCAUAGAUUCUACAUAUUGUAAAUUAAAGAAACAUUUUUGCUAAGAGUAUUAUUAUAUUAUUGAUCGAUUUACUUUUUAAAUCACCCAGCAGUGCUAUUUGCGGAGUUAGCUCCAGGUAAAUGUUGCAAUUUUUCAGCCAUUCCUGAACCUGCGACCAAAAACAAGCUAAUUAUUGACAGUACCAAAACAAAUGAUCUAAUUAUUCUGUUCCUUUGCAUCAAAAUCUGAAGCGCUGGGAUCGUUGUAUCCCCCAUAUACAGUUGAAGUCUGAAGUUUACAUACACUUAGGUUGGAGUCAUUUAAAACUCGUUUUUCAACCACUCCACAAAUUUCUUGUAAACAAACUAUAGUUUUGGCAAGUCGGUUUGGACAUCUACUUUGUGCAUGACACAAGUAAUUUUUUCCAACAAUUGUUUACAGACAGAUUAUUUCACUUAUAAUUGACUGUAUCACAAUUCCAGUGGGUCAGAAGUUUACAUACACUAAGUUGACUGUGCCUUUUAAACAGCUUGGAAAAUUCCAGAAAAUGAUGUCAUGGCUUUAGAAGCUUCUGAUAGGCUAAUUGACAUAAUUUGAGUCAAUUGGAGGUGUGCCUGUGGAUGUAUUUCAAGGCCUACCUUCAAACCCAGUGCCUCUUUGCUUUACAUCAUGGGAAAAUCAAAAGAAAUCAGCCAAGACCUCAGGAAAAAAAAAUGGUAGCCCUCCACAAGUCUGGUUCAUCCUUGGGAGCAAUUUCCAAACGCCUGAAGGUACCACGAUCAUCUGUACAAACAAUAAACACAAUGGGACCACACAGCCGUCGCAAAGGACCUUGUGAAGAUGCUGGAGGAAACCGGUACAAAAGUAUCUAUAUCCACAGUAAAACGAGUCCCAUAUCGACAUAACCUGAAAUGCCAAUCAGCAAGGAAGAAGCCACUGCUCCAAAACCGCCAUAAAAAAGCCAGACUACGGUUUGCAACUGCACAUGGGGACAAAGGUCGUACUUUUUGGAGAAAUGUCCUCUGGUCUGAUGAAACAAAAAUAUAACUAUUUGGCCAUAAUGACCAUCGUUAUGUUUGGAGGAAAAAGGGGGUGGCUUGCAAGUCGAAGAACACCAUCCCAUCCGUGAAGCACAGGGGUGGCAGCAUCAUGCUGUGGGGGUGCUUUGCUGCAGGAGGGACUGGUGCAUUUCACAAAAUAGAAGGCAUCAUGAGGAAGGAAAACUAUGUGGAUAUAUUGAAGCAACAUCUCAAGACAUCAGUCAGGAAGUUAAAGCUUGGUCGCAAAUGGGUCUUCCAAAUGGACAAUGACCCCAAGCAUACUUCCAAAGUUGUGGCAAAAUGGCCUAAGGACAACAAAGUCAAGGUAUUGGAGUGGCCAUCACAAAGCCCUGACCUCAAUCCUAUAGAAAAUUUGUGGGCAGAACUGAAAAAGCGUGUGCGAGCAAGGAGGCCUACAAACCUGACUCAGUUACACCAGCUCUGUCAGGAGGAAUGGGCCAAAAUUCACCCAACUUAUUGUGGGAAGCUUGUGGAAGGCUACCCGAAACGUUUGACCCAAGUUAAACAAUUUAAAGGCAAUGCUACCAAAUACUAAUUGAGUGUAUGUAAACUUCUGACCUACUGGGAAUGUGAUUAAAUAAAUAAAAGCUGAAAUAAAUCAUUCUCUCUAAUUUUAUUCUGACAUUUCACAUUCUUAAAAUAGUUGUGAUCCUAACUGACCUAAGACAGGGAAUGUUUACUAGGGUUAAUUUUCAGGAAUUGUGAAAAACGGAGUUUAAAUGUAUUUGGCUAUGGUGUAUGUAAUCUUCCGACUUCAACUGUAUUUAACAUUCUAUUGGUUGCAAGAAUUUUGUAUAAUAAUUUAAAUUGAAAAACACUACGUUUUGAAUCCAGCAUUGUUUUGUGUAUUACAUUUGCAUUUUAGUCAUUUAGCAGACACUCUUAUCCAGAGCGACUUACAGUUAGUGAGUGCAUACAUUUUUCAUACUGUAUCAGUUCAUAAACCAUGUGCCAUGGAAUCGGUACAUCGAAAAUCUCUUCCCAACUAUUUUGCAAUCUAUAUGGCACAGCUGUCAAUUAUUUAGUCCUUAAAUGAAACUUGUAUACAAUUUUUUUGCCAAUUUUGCUCUUUAAUUCAGGGCCGACAGUCAAGUUCCUUACUUUCUCCCCCUUCCAUUUUUGUGGUAAUGCUGAAAUUAGGUGGUUGUAAUUUUGAGUAAAGCAGACAUUUCCAUACGUUUUUGUUAGCUACAUGUGUGAAAUCACUCCACCAGUCCUAUUUAUGAUAUAAUUUACAAAGAUUAUACCUUUUUUAUUUUUUAUUCCAAAAAUAUUGUGUGUUUUUUAUCAGUUCGUAUAUUUGAGUUUAACCAUAAUAUUUGUUGUAAUAUUUGUUCUGUCUUUUCUGGUGGAUUAAACAGAAAUUGCAACCAACUUUAUAUGGCUUAUUUUAAAAAUAGCGAUAUUUCAGAGAUUAUUACAUUUUCUAAUAACCGAAAGUUAUAGGUUGUAAUCUGAAUAAAGGGAAAAAAGGCCAUUCUUGAACAUGGGGUGAGACAUUCUUACUAAUCAGCUAGAGAACAAGUUCGGAUUUAAGUAUAACUUUUGUAUGACUGAAGCCUUUAGUGAGAGGUUUAAUGCUUUAUGAUAUUUAAUCAUUUCUGCCCUCCGAAUUCAUAUUAAUUAUAUACAUAGGCCCGUUCCAAAUAUAAUGGAAUAUUUGUUGCUCAUAUAAUUUACAAAGCAAGUCGCUAGGUGUAAGCAAGGCCAUAAGCAAAUAGGUAAACUGGGAUAUGACUAAAGAGUUAAUCAAGGUGAUUUUUCCACAAAUAGACAGGUAUUUUUCUUUCCACAGUAGCAAGAUCUUAUUUAUUUUUGCUUUCUAUUAAAAUGUAUUGUAGUGAGAUCAUUUAUUUCGUUCGGGAUAUGAAUACCGAGUAUGUCCACUUCACCGUCAAACCAUUAUGUUGGUAAACUACACAGUAAUGUAAAAGUUGUAUUUUUUAGUGAUCCAAUACGUGAUAUAGUAAAUACACUUAUCAUAAUUUGAUUGUAAUCCAGAGAGGUUAGAAAAAGUAUCUAGAUCAUCUAUGAGGCUGUGGAGGGAUCCAAAUUGUGGAUUAAAAAAAUAAAAUAAACAUGAAUCAUCAGCAUACAAUGACACCUUUGUUUUUAAGCCCUGGAUUUCUAGGCCCUUGAUAUUAUUGUUGGAUCUGAUUUUAAUGUAAUCUGAUUAAGGUGUUUGCAUGUCCUAAUAAUUUAAAGUUUACUCAGAAAACCAUGUGUUUUAAUCAGCGUAUGUUUACUUCAAUUAUGACCUCACGCCGAUUAAGAUAAGCAGAGUAAGGUGUUUACGUGACUAAUGCCAUACUCUGCCUUAUGCCAUAAUCAGUUUAAUAUUGAAUUAUUAGUGUGCAUGUAAACGUACUAAUUUGUUAUUCCUAUAUCUAUCUAUUAACUAAUAACUGAUAGUCUACACAGUAUUUAUACAUUUUACAUUUACAUUUUCGUCAUUUAGCAGACGCUCUUAUCCAGAGCGACUGGAUGUAAAUGUAAAUAUUUAUAAACCCUUUCUAACCCGUUCAUAAAGGGUAGCAACACUGUAGGCUAUCAUUGAGUUCUCUCUAGCAGGCAUGGUGUAACUAGUAAAGACAUGCUCCUAGAGAUCAUACAUUCCUGACCUUAGUGUUGAAUUACCAUAAGUGGCAACAGGGUUAGAGUGUUAAGGUCAGGGUUUCAAAAGCAGGCAUGGUGGCAACUAGACUCUAAGGGGUGGUUUCCUGGAUUAAGGGGUGGGUUCCACAGAUUAAGCUAAAUACUGGACUAAAAAGUAAUCUCAUUAGAGAGUCUCCAUUUAAGAUUAUUUUUAGUCUGGGACUAGGCUAAAUAUGUGUCUGGGGAAACUGGUCCCAAAUUUGUUAGCUGGUUCAUUAAUGGCAAUGUGCUAAAUUUCCUGUAGCAUUUUUGGAGAAUGAGUAAAAAUUGAAAAUUGAAAGGGGUUGUAUCAGUUAGCGGUGCAUUCAAAAGCAUGGGGAAAGGGGGGACGUAACUCGAUCCAUGUGCCUUGCUCCAUGCUUUUGGCUAGAUCUGCCUUUACAGUCUGGGGAUGUUACCUGAAUAAUACCUGAGAAAAUAUCUCUGUCAAGUUGUGUACUUUUAUCAUAUGCUAUGGAAUGUAUCAUAUAGAUGUCUUGUAUCCUCAGGCCUGUUUGUACUAUAUGUUUCUUCUAAGGCUUUGAGCUCCAGUUCCGUCUGGGCCCUACUCUCCAGGGGAAACAUGUGCGUGUGCAGACUAACUACCCCGCCCCAGGGGAACACUUUGACCGUCACACCUUCCGAACCCUGGACUGGCACAACCCCACGGGAAGAGAGGACGACUCUGACAAGUUCUGCUCUUUAGACCUACAGAUCGCUGGAUCGUACCAAUACAAUUUUGGUCACGGGUGAGACACUAUUGUGUUACAGACCAGUAUUCAUAUUCCAUUUCUGUAUGAGACACAACAUCACUGGAGCUUCAUCCUUUAACUACAUAUUCAUUGUUUUCACCCCCAGCCAUGAGGAGAAGUCAGGCGGUGGCUACUUGGUGGUGGACCCAGUGCUGCGUGCCGGAGCUGACAACCACCACGUCCAUCUGGACUGUAUCACCAUCCAGACCUACCUGUCCAAAUGCCUCGGACACCUGGAUGACUGGCCAGACAGACUGAGGGUGGCUAAAGAGUCCGGUGAGAGAGCAGGAGGCAGGGGUCCAUCCUUAUGCAAGCCUGCCUUUACGUGUAGUGUUCUUCACUCCUGGUCCUUGAGGGCUGUCUAGUCUGUGUAGGGCUUUAAUUGUUCCAACCCUGGAUUAUAAUACCUGAUUCAAUUUCUCAACUAGUCAUCAACUAAAUCAGGUGGAUCAUGUGUGUUAUGCCUGCACACACUGCAGUCUUCCAGGGUCAAGACCGAAGAAUACUAUUUUAGUGCAUUGUCUUACCUGGAAGUUUGAACAAUGAACAGGGUUGGUGUCCAUUUCUUAGGUCACAUAUGAACACCAGUGUAGUUCAAGGUCCCAAGACAAUGUUUACACUACAUUUCACCUUGUCAUUCUGCAAUAUUCCAUUCUUGAAAGAGGGCUAGGGAAAUCAUCAACAUGCAGGUGGGUCACAAAAUGCAUACAAAAUUAUGCCAUAUGAUAGACAGUAUUCCCUGUGUCGUUUGUAUGAAACUAUAAGCUAUAAAAAUAAAUAAAAAGAGUUGCACACUCUCUCUCUCUCUCUCUCUCUCUCUCUCUCUCUCUAUAUAUAUAUAUAUAUAUAUAUAUAUAUAUAUAUAUAUAUAUAUAUAUAUAUCCCAGUAAUUUAUAGGGUAAAACACCAACGUUUCACCCUAUAAAUUACUGGGAGUGUAUACAGUUGAAGUCGGAAGUUUACAUACACCUUAGCCAAAUACAUUUAAACUCAGUUUUUCAGAAUUACUGACAUUUAGUCCUAGUAAAAAUGCUCUGUUUUAGGUCAGUUAGGAUCACCACUCUAUUUUAAGAAUGUGAAAUGUCAGAAUAAUAGUAGAGAGAAUGAUUUAUUUCAGCUUUUAUUUCUUUCAUCACAUUCCCAGUGGGUCAGAAGUUUACAUACACUCAAUUAGUAUUUGGUAGCAUUGCCUUUAAAUUGUUUAACUUGGGUCAAACGUUUCGGGUAGCCUUCCACAAGCUUCCCACAAUAAGUUGGGUGAAUUUUGGCCCAUUCCUCCUGACAGAGCUGGUGUAACUGAAUCAGGUUUGUAGGCCUCCUUGCUCGCACACACUUUUUCAGUUCUGCCCACACAUUUUCUAUAGGAUUGAGGUCAGGGCUUUGUGAUGGCCACUCCAAUACCUUGACUUUGUUGUCCUUAAGCCAUUUUGCCACAACUUUGGAAGUAUGCUUGGGGUCAUUGUCCAUUUGGAAGACCCAUUUGCGACCAAGCUUUAACUUCCUGACUGAUGUCUUGAGAUGUUGCUUCAAUAUAUCCACAUAAUUUUCCUUCCUCAUGAUGCCAUCUAUUUUGUGAAAUGCACCAGUCCCUCCUGCAGCAAAGCACCCCCACAGCAUGAUGCUGCCACCCUCGUGCUUCACAGUUGGGAUGGUGUUCUUCGGCUUGCAAGUACCCCCUUUUUCCUCCAAACAUAACGAUGUUCAUUAUGGCCAAACAGUUCUAUUUUUGUUUCAUCAGACCAGAGGACAUUUCUCCAAAAAGUACGAUCUUUGUCCCCAUGUAAGUUGCAAACCAUAGUCUGGCUUUUUUAUGGUGGUUUUGGAGCAGUGGCUUCUUCCUUGCUGAGCGGCCUUUCAGGUUAUGUUGAUAUAGGACUCGUUUUAUUGUAGAUACUUUUGUACCGGUUUCCUCCAGCAUCUUCACAAGAUCCUUUGCUGUUGUUCUGGGAUUGAUUUGCACUAUUCGCACCAAAGUACGUUCAUCUCUAGGAGACAGAACGCGUCUCCUUCCUGAGCGGUAUGACGGCUGCGUGGUCCCAUGGUGUUUAUACUUGUGUACUAUUGUUUGUACAGAUGAAUGUGGUACCUUCAGGCGUUUGGAAAUUGCUCCCAAGGAUGAACCAGACUUGUGGAGGUCUACAAUUAUUUUUCUGAGGUCUUGGCUGAUUUCUUUUGAUUUUCCCAUGAUGUCAAGCAAAGAGGCACUGAGUUUGAAGGUAGGCCUUGAAAUACAUCCACAGGUACACCUCCAAUUGACUCAAAUUAUGUCAAUUAGCCUAUCAGAAGCUUCUAAAGCCAUGACAUCAUUUUCUGGAAUUUUCCAAGCUGUUUAAAGGCACAGUCAACUUAGUGUAUGUAAACUUCUGACCCACUGGAAUUGUGAUACAGUGAAUUAUAAGUGAAAUAAUCUGUCUGUAAACGAUGGUUGGAAAAAUGACUUGUGUCAUGCACAAAGUAGAUGUCCUAACCGACUUGCCAAAACUAUAGUUUGUUAAAAAGAAAUUUGUGGAGCGGUUGAAAAACGAGUUUUAAUGACUCCAACCUAAGUGUAUGUAAACCUCCGACUUCAACUGUAUAUACAGUUUAUACACUACCAGUCAAAUUUCUUUUUUUUUUCUUUUUUUUUCUUUAACUAUUUUUUACAUUGUAGAAUAAUAGUAAUAAUAGUAAAGACAAAAAGCCACCCUUAGCCUUGAUGACAGCUUUGCACACUCUUGGCAUUCUCUCAACCAGCUUCAUGAGGUAGUCACCUGGAAUGCAUUUCAAUUAGCAGGUUUGCCUUCUUAAAUAUUAUUUUUCCUUCUUAAUGCUUUUUAGCCAAUCAGUUGUGUUGUGACAAGGUGGAGGGGGGGGGGGGGGGGUAUACAGAAGAUAUCCCUAUUUGGUAAAAGACCAUGUCCAUAUUAUGGCAAGAGCAGCUCAAAUAAACAAAGAGAAAUGACAUUCCAUCAUUACUUUAAGACAUGAAGGUCAGUCAAUACGGACAAUUUCAAGAACUUUGUUUCUUCAAGUGCAGUCGCAAAAACCAUCAAGUGCUAUGAUGACACUGGUUCUCAUGAGGACCGCCACAUGAAUGGAAGACCUAGAGUUACCUCUGCUGCAGAGGAUAAGUUCAUUAGAGUUACCAGCCUCAGAAAUUGCAGCCCAAAUAAAGGCUUCACAGAGUUCAAGUAACAGACACAUCUCAACAUCAACUGUUCAGAGGAGACUGUGUGAAUCAGGCCUUCAUGGUCGAAUCGCUGCAAAGAAACCACUACUGAAGGACACCAAUAAGAAGAAGAGACCUGCUUGGGCCAAGAAACAGGAGCAAUGGACAUUAGAGUGGUGGAAAUUUGUCCUUUUGGCCUGGAGUCCAAAUCAGAGACUUUUGGUUCGAACCGCCAUGUCUUUGUGAGGUGUGGGUGAACGGAUUAUCUCCUUAUGUAUAUUUCCAACCGUAGGUGUGUCCAAACUUUUGACUGGUACUGUAUAUACAAUAUAUAUAUAUAUACACACACACAGCGCCUUCGGAAAGUAUUCAGACCCCUUGACUUUUUCCACAUUUUGUUAGGUUACAGCCUUAUUCUAAAAUUUAUUAAAUUGUUUUUUUUCCACAUCAAUCUACACACAAUACCCCAUAAUGACAAAGCAAAAACAGCAAUUUAGAAAUGUUUGCAAAUUUAUUUUUAAAAAAAAACUGGAAAUAUGACAUUUACAUAUGUAUUCAGACCCUUUACUCAGUAUUUUGUUGAAGCACCUUUGGCAGUGAUUACAGCCUUGAGUCUUCUUGGGUGUGAAGUUUGGCACACCUGUAUUUGGUGAGUUUCUCCCAUUCUUCUCUGUCAGGUUUGAUGGGGAGCGUUGUCCUGAAGCCACUCCUGCGUUGUCCUGGCUGUGUGCUUAGGGUCGUUGUCCUGUUGGAAGGUGAACCUUUGCCCCAGUCUGAGGUCCUGAGCGCUCUGGAGCAGGUUUUCAUCAAGGAUCUCUCUGUACUGUUCCGUUCAUCUUUGCCUCGAUCCUGACUAGUCUCCCAGUCCCUGCCGCUGAAAAACAUGCAUGAUGUUGCCACCACCAUGCUUCACCGUAGGGAUGGUGCCAGGUUUCCUCCAGAAGUGACACAUGGGCAUUCAGGCCAAAGAGUUCAAUCUUGGUUUCAUCAGACCAGAGAAUCUUGUUUCUCAUGGUCUGAGAGGCUUUAAGUGCCUUUUGGCAAACUCCAAGUGGGCUGUCAUGUGCCUUUUACUGAGGAGUGGCUUCUGUCUGGCCACUCUACCAUAAAGGCCUGAUUGGUGGAGUGCUGCAGAGAUGGUUGUCCUUCUGGAAGGUUCUCCCAUCUCCACAGAGGAUCUCUAGAGCUCUGUCAGAGUGACCAUUGGGUUCUCUGACCAAGGCCCUUCUCCCCAGAUUGCUUAUUGCUCAGUUUGGCGGGGUGGCCAGCUCUAGGAAGAGUCUUGGUGGUUCCAAACUUCUUCCAUUUAAGAUGGAUGGAGGCCACUGUGUUCUUGGGGACCUUCAAUGUUACAGAAAGGUUUUGGUACCCUUCCCCAGAUCUGUGACUCGACACAAUGCUGUCUCUGAGCUCUACGGACAAUUCCUUCGAGCUUAUGGCUUGGUUUUUGCUCUCAAGGAUGGUCAAUGGAAACAGGAUGCACCUGAGCUCAAUUUCGAGUCUCAUAGCAAAGGGUCUGAAAACUUAGGUAAAUAAGGUAUUUCGGUUUAAUUUUUAAUACAUUUGUAAAAGUGUCUAAAAACCUGCUUUCACUUGGUGUGUAGAUUGCUGAGGAUUUUUGUAUUUAUUUAAUCCAUGUUAGAAUAAGGAUGUAACGUAACAAAAUGUGGAAAAAGUCAAGGGGUCUGAAUACUUUCAGAGAGAGCGGUUGUGCAACUCUCUUUAUGUAUUCAUAUAGCUUACAAUUUCUUAGAAUAUGUCUUCUAAUAUCUUAUAAUAUGUUAUUUCUUAUAGUACUAAUUUCUUACAUUGUUGAUAUAAUGUAGUUUGUUUGUUUCCCAGGCUACAACAUGAUCCACUUCACGCCUCUGCAGAAGCUCGGUAAAUCUAGGUCCUGCUACUCCCUAGCUGACCAACUAAGCCUGAACCCAGAGUUUUCGCCACCGGGAAAGAACUACACAUGGACAGAUGUGGGAGAGUUGGUGCAGAAACUGAAGAAAGAGUGGAAUAUGAUCUGUAUCACUGACGUGGUCUACAAUCAUACAGGUGUGUGUUUGUAGUUGUGGGAUGGGGCGUGGACAUAUGUGUGGGUGUGUGUCUCCCUCUCUUUGGUUGAACGAUGAGCUGUCCAGUAGGUUACAACAAUUGCAUCACAGUCUGUUACAAUGAGGCCAUACCUAAAGAGCAGUUUGUUCCUCUCAUAGUUCAGGGAAAAAUAACCAGAAUUUGUCAGCAAGCCAGGCAGGUCUCACAAUUCAUAGUUUAGUAGUCAUCCCUAAUAUCCCUCUACGUGUACAACGUUUUUAAAGUCCCGCUCUAGGGAAUGUAGGAAAAUUAUUUUAUUUUAUUUUUGGGGGGGGGGGGAGUUUAUCUGUAUAGUGUCAAGUGUGUUGACUAAGGCCUUUUUUGAUUUAUGUGGUUUGUGUCUGUAACAUCCCCUGUCAAGAGAUUGUUUAAUACUACUGUGUUGUUAAAUGUACCUUACUGGUUACAUUUUUAAAAAAUUACAUUUACAUCAUUUAGCAGACGCUCUUAUCCAGAGCGACUUACAUGAGCAAUUAGGGUUAAGUGCCUUGCUCAAGGGCACAUCGGCAGAUUUUUCACCUAGUCGGCUCGGGGAUUAGAACCAGCGACCUUUCGAUUACUGGCACAACGCUCUUAGCCACUAAGCUACCUGCCGCCCCAUGGUUCUGCUAUGGUUGCCAUAGCAGAACUCCUAAUAUCACAAUGGGUGUGCAUACUGCAUGUUUCACACUGAAUAUAGACUAGGGAAAGGCCACUAUUGAAAUGCCACAGUCGCAAAAAUUAUGACGAGUCAUGGUCCUCGAAUCCAGUGCAAGCUUUAAAGAUGAGUGCCGUGUUAAAAAUACCCUCCCUAGAUAAUUCUGCACAACUUAGUUAUGGGUGAACUUAAACCUAGUCACUAUGUGCAGCCCUGCAGUCAAGCUGUUGUAUAGCAGUUCAGGCAGACACUAUGUGGAGUCUUUGUGACAAGCAUGCUAAACUAAGAAGGGAGAAUGAAAUAAUUAACUCAUGCUCCAAUUGAUUAGAUGUGUUUUGAAUAGAACCUGCGUCAAAUGGACUCGUUGCCAUUGGUUCAGAAUUGGUUUAUUUUGUCCUCAGUUUUUGAGUGCAGUGCUUAUAUGGAGGUAGUUGAGUUGUUUCUCUAUUGUCUACUUGUUCCUGUUUAGUGCAGUUGUAUACUUUUUGAUUUACAAGUUUAUCUAAUAAGGGUCAUUUAUUACAGUGCAGUGUAGUUAGUCUGCUUCAGAAACCUAGGUAAAGCUUGGAGAGUAUAAAGGCUUGAGAGCAGCAUUCUCUGGCCCAGGCCCAGUAUUGUAAAAGGUCGGAUGAUCAGAGAAACCUUAUCUCCAUGGCAGCUUAAAGGCCAUGUGCUAGCUGACAUCCGACCUGGCUACUGGUGUGCUGUGUGCUCAGUGCAGCUCAUGGUGAACCAAUGGGUGUGCUCUGCUGUUACUUGAUGUAACAUUAAGAAAUGGUUACCUUUGUUAGAUUUCCCCUUAUCUGUCAUAUGUGCUCAUAUCAUAACUAUGGUUAGAAUGUUUUUCAUACCCACAACCCUGGCUAGAAUUCUAUUCAAAAUUAUUCACAGCUGUAAUGGCUUCCAAAGGUGCUUCGACCAAGUAUUAACUCUGGGGUGUGAAGACAUACACAAUCAAGACAACUUUUUUCUUCUUCAUUUAAUUCAUUUGGAAAAAUGUGUUUACUUUUUUUCACUUUGAAAAUGUGGAGGAGGUUGUGUAGAUCUGUAGGAAAAAAAUCUAAAUUAAUCCCUUUUUAGAUUUAAUUUUAAGGCAGCUAAAUGUGAAGACUGUGCAAGGGGUGUAUAGACUUUCACUAGGCACUGUACAGUGGUGUUCAAAAGUUUUGAGAAUGACACAAGUAUUGGUCUUCACAAAGUUUGCUUCUUCAGUAUUUUUAGAUAUUUUUGUCAGAUGUUACUAUGGUAUACUGAAGUAUAAUUACAAGCAUUCCAUAAGUGUCAAAGGCUUUUAUUGACAAUUACAUUAAGUUUAUGCAAAGAGUCAAUAUUUACAGUGUUGACCCUUCUUUUUCAAGACCUCUGCAAUCUGCCCUGGCAUGCUGUCAAUUAACUUCUGGGCCACAUCCUGACUGAUGGCAGCCCAUUCUUGCAUAAUCAAUGCUUGGAGUUUGUCAGAAUUUGUGGGUUUUUGUUUGUCUACCCGCCUCUUGAGGAUUGACCACAAGUUCUCAAUGGGAUUAAGGUCUAGGGAGUUCCCAGAGCCACUUAGUUAUCACUUUUACCUUAUGGCAAGGUGCUCCAUCAUGCUGGAAAAGGCGAUGUUCAUCACCAAACUGUUCUUGGAUGGUUGGGAGAAGUUGCUCUCGGAGGAUGUGUUGGUACCAUUCUUUAUUCAUGGCUGUGUUCUUAGGCACAAUUGUGAGUGAGCCCACUCCCUUGGCUGAGAAGCAACCCCACACAUGAAUGGUCUCAGGAUGCUUUACUGUUGGCAUGACACAGGACUGAUGGUAGCGCUCACCUUGUCUUCUCCGGACAAGCUUUUUUCCGGAUGCCCCAAACAAUCGGAAAGGGGAUUCAGCAGAGAAAAUAACUUUACCCCAGUCCUCAGCAGUCCAAUCCCUGUACCUUUUGCAGAAUAUCAGUCUGUCCCUGAUGUUUUUCCUGGAGAGAAGUGGCUUCCUCGCUGCCCUUCUUGACACCAGGCCAUCCUCCAAAAGUCUUUGCCUCACUGUGCGUGCAGAUGCACUCACACCUGCCUGCUGCCAUUUCUGAGCAAGCUCUGCACAGGUGGUGCCCCGAUCCCGCAGCUGAAUCAACUUUAGGAGACGGUCCUGGCGCUAGCUGGACUUUCUUGGGCGCCCUGAAGCCGCCUUCACAACAAUUGAACCUCUCUCCUUGAAGUUCUUGAUGAUCCGAUAAAUGGUUGAUUUAGGUGCAAUCUUACUAGCAGCAAUAUCCUUGCCUGUGAAGUCCUUUUUGUGCAAAGCAAUGAUGACGGCACGUGUUUCCUUGCAGGUAACCAAGGUUAACAGAGGAAGAACAAUGAUUUCAAGCACCACCCUCCUUUUAAAGCCUCUAGUCUGUUAUUCUAACUCAAUCAGCAUGACAGAGUGAUCUCCAGCCUUGUCCUCGUCAACACUCUCACCUGUGUUAACAAGAGAAUCACUGACAUGAUGUCAGCUGGUCCUUUUGUGGCAGGGCUGACAUGCAGUGGAAAUGUUUUUUGGGGGGAUUAAGUUCAUUUUCAUGGCAAAGAGGGACUUUGCAAUUAAUUGCAAUUCAUCUGAUCACUCUUCAUAACAUUCUGGAGUAUAUGCAAAUUGCCAUCAUAAAAACUGAGGCAGCAGACUUUGUGAAAAUGUAUAUUUGUGUCAUUCUCAAAACUUUUGACCACGACUGUACAACAGCCAUUUUGUUCAUAUGCCCAACGGUUAUCCUACCACUGACAGAAGGUUAGCUUUGAUAUCAUCAGGGAGUGUCUGCAUAGAGAGAGUCCAUUAACCUUCAUUGCCCUUAGUAAUAUUCCUUGACAAAAGGCCUCAAUGUCCUCCAUAACAGUUAGUUAGAUUUCUGUGUGGUAACUCUUGCAUUGUCCCCUUCCCCUCCCAUGUGCAGCCGCCAACAGCCCAUGGAUCAAGGAGCACCCUGAGUGUGGCUACAACCUGGUCAACUCCCCCCACCUGUGGCCAGCCUGGGUCCUGGACCGGGCCAUAUGGCACAUGACCUGCAACAUGGCUGACGCCAAGUACGCUACUAACGGCCUUCCCGCCCUGGUCAAGAAUGAGGGGCACCUCAAUGUGAGUGUCUGAAGGUCACUUUCACAGCUAGGGUUGCAACAUUCCAGAAACCUUCCCAAAAUUCCCAUGUUUUCCGAAAAUCCUCCUACCGGGAACUUAUCAGGAUGGAAUAAGCAGGAAGGAAAUCCUCAAACCGGAAAGUUUAUGGGAAUUUUAUAACCCUGGCCACAGUGGUCCAGAGUUUUUUCCUGAUCAUGCCACGAUGUGGUCAGGAAAAACUCAGGGCCUUACACAUAUCACCUUAUUGGGUUUGUCUUAAUGAAAUUGUGAGCUCCUUUGGGGAAGACCUGAACCUUGAACCUGUUUAUUUUUUAUUUUUUAAUCUCUCUCAGGCAAUCCGCGAUGUUCUGUGGGGGCAGGUGUUCCCCAAGAUCAAGCUGUGGGAGUUCUUCCAGGUCAGAAUCGAGAGCGCUGUGGAGGAGUUCAGGGACCUGCUUGUAGAUGGUGAGAGCAUUCAACUGAGCACUGUACUGUUCUGUCUUUCUGUUCAUGACAUCUGUUGUGUCAUUAUAAUAACUGGGGUAUAAAGAACCAAACAGAAGCAAAGAGGCCUAAACAAGCAAACGUAUUGUUGAUUUUAUCAUUAUCCAAUUUUCAUUUUAAGAUUAAUUUUGGCAGCUACAGUAUAUGCUUCCUAAUCCACCACCCUUGUCAAUCAGAGAAAUGAUGUGUUUUGGUAUUGAGUAAAUGUUUCAAUGUGUUGGUAUUGAUGGAUUAAUUGAAUGGGUUGUGGUAUUAUGUGGUUGUAAUCAGGAGAGAAACCAGACCAGAAGAAGACUGGGGGUAAACAGGGACUGAAGAUCAUUCAGGACCCAAAGUUCAGACGCUUCGGAAACGAAGUGGACAUGGACUCUGCUCUGGAGACCUUUGUGCCUCACAGGUAAGUGUGUGGGUGUGUGUGGUGACAUUGAAAUUCCAAUUUCCUCAAUGCUUUAGGUUACUCCCUGAAUUGAAAUGCAAUUGACCCCAACCCUGGUGCGUGUUUGGUACUUUAUAGAUGUGUGUCAAACUUAUUUUGCCGAAGGGACGCAUUUCGUGUUCAACAAGGUACGGAGGGCCGCACAAUGUUUUUUAAAUAUUUCCUUGCCAUCAAAAUGUGCAGAAAACAGUCCAUAGGUUUGGGAAUUUUCAAUGCUCCCUGACUGUCUAGCUUUCGUUUUGGUGAAUGUUAACAAGCUGGACAGAGUAAAGAGACUGUAUAAAUGUAGGUCCAUUAUCAUUUAUACACAGUUUCAAUUUGGUUUUAGUAAUUUCAAUGUAGAUUGAGGUUGUACGUUUUUAUUAUUAUUUUAAAGAAAAAAAACGUUUUCUUUAGGCUCGCGGGCCGGAUCCGUCCUGCGACCCGUAUGUUUGACACCCCAACCUCUAGUUACUUGGAUUGCCAACGUUGAUGAUCCUGACUUUACAUCAGUUUAUUGAGUGGAUUCUGAAUCGACCCCCAAAUCUAAAGCCAAGUCUCAUCCUGCACAUGUCAAUCCUUUUCCCUGUCCAGCCACAGUACACAAGCCAUUCUGGAGGCCUGUAACAGGCUGUGGGGGAGACUGGAGGAGAUCAAUAAAGAGCAGUACCAGCAGAUGCUACACCACCAGGAGCAGGUAGCCCCCCCCCCCCAUCAGUAGCUUUGGUAUGCUCCAUAUGCGUGUCUGGAUAAUGUAGUCCAUCCAUUUUACAAUUCUUUGUUCUACUUCUUUUUUUCCACUCAGGCCACUAACUGCAUUGUGGGAAAUGUUGUUUAUGAGCGCCUGGCUGACCACGGACCCAAACUGGGCCCCGUCACCAGGAAAGACCCUAUUGUUACCAGGUAGGCCAGUGGUAUUCAAACUCGGGGUCGGGGGAAGUGCAGUGGGGUCGUCAAAAAAAUAUAUAGCUAAAUUCUGGCUGAAAAUAUGGGGUUUGAAGGUAGGCUGUGUGCUGACUGUAUGUAGAUGUUAAAAGGCUUCAUGACCUAGUGUAUUUCACUCACAUGAAUACAAAAAAUGGCUUUAGAAACAAGGUCUACAGUAUUAUGACUGUAAUGUCAAAGAGGCAGAUUCACUUUAUUGAACCCUCGGCAGUGGAAAAAAAGGUUCCAUCCGUGACAUAAGACAUUAUAUCAUGCUAAACUUAUUUAAGCAGGAGUGCCCUCCUUAGGGCCGAAGCAGUAAUGCACAUGCAGAUACAAUUUGGGUCCUUUGUUUUCACAUUUCAUUAUGGAUCCAACUAAUUAAAUGUGCGUGUGUUGACAGAUACUUCACCUUUCCGUUCGAGGAGAAGAGCCUGGAGGAUGACCUGAAGAUGAUGGACCAGCCAGACAACGCCUGUCACUUCCUGGCUCACAACGGCUGGGUGAUGGGAGACGACCCUCUUAGAAACUUUGCUGAGCCAGGUUUGCAUUCAUUCACUUCUCUCCAUUGUGUGCGGCUGGCACAUAGGGCAGCAACAAAAGUAUCUCCACUUCUGGCAGUCUUCUCCACUGUGCCCCAGCUCUGCUGAUGUUGGUGCUUAGUCAAUUGUUUUACAUUAUAAUUUUUUAAAAAGAUGCUCUUAUCCAGAUCAACUUACAAUAAGUGCUUUCCGCUAAGGAAGAUCAUACUUUACACUCACUUUUUUAAUCAGGGCAAAGAUCAGUGUGUCUCUAUUGGUCAAUGACAUGCAAACAGUCUGGAGAUGCGUGAUAUCUUACCAUGUGUAGCCUAAGGGAUAUAGAUGAAUGUAAAGAUGAAUGCUUAGUUUAGACAGUCAAAAAGCUGGAAAUAGCAAUGCUGCUUCAGUGGUAACCUGAUCCUUCCACAAGGGGGAGCCAGUGUGAUGUAAAUAUCAUUCCCAGUGUUACUAGAGGCCCAGUCCCUGAGAACGUCAAGAAAUUAAUGCCUCUCUGUCUUUCCAGGCUCUAACGUGUACAUCAGGAGAGAGCUGAUCUGCUGGGGCGACAGCGUCAAGCUUCGCUACGGCGACAAGCCCGAGGACUGCCCCUACCUGUGGGCCCACAUGCAGAAGUACACAGAGAUCACAGCGGAGCACUUCGCCGGAGUCCGCCUGGACAACUGUCACUCCACCCCCCUGCACGUGGCUGAGGUACAUUCCAUUCAGUCUGAGCCAUUUGAGUUUGUUAUUACACUCCAUGUAGCCCAUACCAUUCCACACUCUAUGAAACCCAUAUAGUGUUACUGCAUGGCCAAUGAAUAAGAUUUAAGGAUCUUCCAAGGUAACAAUUGAUACACUUGAUGUAUGAAUAAAGUAGUGAUCAUUCGCUGUAAAGGGACGGAACAAUGUAAUUACUGAAACCACUCUCUUUCCGUAGCACAUGCUGGCAGCAGCCAGGGCUGUCAGGCCCAACCUGUAUGUGAUCGCGGAGCUCUUUACAGGCAGCGAGCUCAUUGAUAAUGUGUUUGUUAACCGCCUGGGGAUAACCAGUCUUGUCAGAGGUACCGGACGUUCACAUGAAGUAGACAAAGCACUGGAGUGGUUGGGGUUAAACCCUAGGUUACACUUUAUUUUACAUAUCUGGUGUUUACUUGCUUACAUAAUUACAUUUUGGUGUCUUUGAGAUCAAUUGAAAAACGGACCAAUUUGUAUCAUCUGGUACCUGUUUCUUCAAAGUAAGUACCGGAAAGUAUCGUUGGUUACCAAAUCAUUUUAGAGUAAACACAAGUACUAUAUUAGGACUGUAAAAUAAAGUUUUACCAAAAAUGUUUUGUUUAGGCACGACACUAAAUCUCUGUUUUUGUUUCUUUCUAUGUGUCUCUCUCACUACAUCUCUCUAAUAACUCCCAUUUACAACCUUCAUCUCAUCAUUCCUGAUACCUCACUUUACAUAGUAUCUGCUAAAAUGUUUUGCAUUAAACAUAUCACCUGUCGUUUACUUCCUGGUCUAAACACCUCGUUUACCUUUUGACCUUUAUACUUUGUCGUCCCCCUCACCCCUUUGUCGGUUCUCUUCUCAUAUUUCUGUCUCUCUGUUUGGUUUCUGUUUUGGAUUUUGGCAUGUUUUCUUUUGCACCUUGACCUUGACCCCCAUCACUCCUCCAUACUAACCUCCUCUCCUGCUUAGCUUCAUUUCUACUUCUUCUUCCCUCUCCCUACCCCUCAUCCAUCCUUUCUCUCCCUCCUUCAACCUAACCCUCCACCCCCUCCUUCCCCUCUUUCCACCCUCUCUCUAUGAUUUAACCCCUUGUUGACUGGCCUGUGGAUGUGUACAUGUAGUACAUGUUGGAUGUGGCUCGUGUGGUGAGGCCCAGUCUGUAUGUGGUGGCUGAGCUGUUUACGGGCAGCGAGGACCUGGACAAUGUCUUUGCAAAUAAGCUAAGCAUUACCUCGCUCAUCAGAUGUAGGACUACACACCACUAGCCUGGUCCCAGAUCUGUUUGGUCUACUCCUUUGGACGUUGUCAUGAAUGACCAAAGGAGUUGGUAAGACACCACAAACAGAUCUGAGACCAGGUUAAUGCAUCACUGCAUCUUUGAAAGGAAAAUGGUAUCAACAUGCAUUCUCAAGUCCUGCGUGUUGGCACCAUUGUAUGUGAUUGAAAAGACUACAAAGUAAUACAGGGGUGUAACUGUAAAUCCCUUCCUCCCUCUUUUUCCCUCUACCUGUCCCUUCCAGAGGCAAUGAGUGCAGGGGACAGUCACGAGGAGGGCAGGCUGGUGUACAGGUAUGGAGGGGAGCCCGUCGGAGCCUUCGUCCAGCCCAGCCUCCGGCCCCUGGUGCCCAGCAUUGCACACGCCAUGUUCCUGGAUGUCACCCACGACAACGAGUGCCCCAUCCAGGUACGUUAUUCUUAAGUGGCCUAUUUAGGUAGCCUAUUCUUGACUUCUGUUAUUCAGGUACAGCAUAGCAUUAUAGUGGCCAUUGCUAGUUCAUUGCUGUAAAACAUAUCUAGGCAAUGUUUCAAUAUGCACACUACUGUAGAUAGCAUACUACUUCUUAGAAUGAAGCAAAUAUACUGGCCAUGCAUUCUAAGUGGUAUGCUAGUAUGUACAUUGAUACAUAUUGUUAAACAAUAUAGAACCUGGUCAGAACCUGGUUGAUUUCAGUAUGAACUUUGGGUUUAAAUCUUAAAUCCAGUGCUAUAUGAAACUCCAGUGAGGCAGUGGAGCGGUACCCCUUUGUGCUGUGUCCCUGUUCAUUCUCUGGGAACAUUUCCCCCUAAUUAAAAAAAAGUAGGGCACCACAAACCUGGGUGUGUCAAUUCCUUUUUUGAUGUCUAUGUUCCAGCUCCGCUCUGCUUACGACUCGCUCCCCAGCUCUGCCAUCGUUUCAAUGGCCUGCUGUUGCUCUGGCAGCACCAGGGGAUAUGAUGAGAUGGUGCCCCACCAGGUAACACUCACACCUUUUCUCGGUCAUAACAGUAUAAUGACUUUUAUCCUGAUAUUUGUAUAUGUUAAAUGCAUAUACAACACUAUAGCAUCACUAUAUAUAUCUCAAAUCACUUUAAAGGGAAAUUUCAAAAAUUUUCAACUUCAUAUUCAUCAUCUCCAGCACCACCCAAACAUCAACAUAUGUGAAAAUGGUGUGUUUCAAUGUUUUGUAGUAAAAAAGCUAGAGAAAGAUAAGUGUUUCCAAUGACAUCAUCAACCAAUUAGUAGACAAUUAGUAAGCAAUUAGUGGGCAAUGCCUACUCACAACUCACUGGGCCCCGUGUAGCUCAGUUGGUAGAGCAUGGCGCUUGCAACGCCAGGGUUGUGGGUUCAAUUCCCAUGGGGGGCCAGUAUGAUUUUAUUUUUAUUUUUAUAAAAAUGUAUGCACUCACUUAACUGUAAGUUGCUCUGGAUAAGAGCGUCUGCUAAAUGACUAAAAUGUACAAAUGUAAAUGUCAAAAUCACACGAUGCACACCGAUGAUGCCCUAGGAAACACUUAUUUUCCUUAUUUUUUAAAACAAAACAUAGAAAUGUGCCAUUUUCACAAUAUGUUGAUGUUGGGGUGGUGCUGGAGAUUAUGAAGUUGAAAAAUUGUGAAGUUUCCCUUUAAGUAUAAAGCCAAAGGAAAGUUUAGAAUUAUGGUAGGUACUAUAGUAGUAUUGUACAGUAAAUAGCCAUGGAUGAUGAAUGACUAUGGUCUUUAGUGACCAUCUCCUCUGCGUGUCUGCCUGUAGAUCUCAGUGGUGAAGGAGGAGCGUUUCUACCCCAAGUGGAACCCUGACGCCAAGGCCUCGUCCCCCGGGGAGGUCAACCUGAAGACGGGUAUUAUCGCUGGCAAGCUGGCCCUCAAUAAAAUGCACCAGGAUCUGGCCUUGAAGGGCUUCAACCAGGUGGGUGUGUUGGGAAGUAAAUGAAAACUGAAAUAAAAACGAUUUAGUAAACUGAAAUUAAAUCAUUAACAAACCUGUUUGAAAAACUCAAACUAAAUAAAAAUCGAAUGGGCUUUUCAAGCUUUUUUUCUAAUUGGGUUGUCAAGAUUCUGAAUUUGGCGGGGUCACAUUAAGAUUGACUUUAAUUUCAAGGUAGACUCAGCGAGAUGACAUUGCCAUGAGCGGCACCGCAGAUAUUGGUCGCAUUCCCCUGCGGGCACCAGAUUGCUAUAACAUGUCGGUCGUUUUCCUCUGCUCAGGCGUUGCUGACACAUGCCAGAUCUUACAACGCCUGGAUAAGUAUUUUACGUAUCAGCUAACCACUUUAUUUUAUAGCAGUCUGGUGCCCGACUGCACAGUCGAUGAUGGGGCACACAACCAUUGGUUGAUGCAUGCAACGUCUGAGCAGCGUAACACGACCAUGAUGUGGUUGAAAGGUACGUAAAAUAGCCAUCCAGGUGUUGUAAGAUCUGGCAGGCGUCAGCAACGUCUGAGCAGAGAAACGCACCCAUUGAGAUGAAAGCGAUGCAAGACUUUGCUCCUGUGGGUACACUCGCAAUGGCUGCCAGUCCACCCAUAAUGCCUUCAUUGACUUGAAUGGGGAUGUUCGUUCUAUUCAUUGUAUUUCUAUGGCAGGACAUGCAGUCAGGAGCGAAGGAGAGGAGAAAAUGUGUGUCUUUUUUGCUAUUCUAACGGUUAUUAUGGUGAGUGCAGUCAUUUGGCUGGCCAAUUACAGUCAUCGAAAAUUCCAUGACUGUCACAGCCCUACUUUAAACGUAACCUAACCUAUGACCUGACUCGUCACCUUAUGUAUUACUGCCCCACAGUAGCAUGAAGUGACAUCCCCAAAAACACAAACUAUACAACACAUAAAUGGCUGUUAGCUUCCCACGCAUACAGUGAGGGAAAAAGUAUUUGAUCCCCUGCUGAUUUUGUACAUUUGCCCACUGACAAAGAAAUGAUCAGUCUAUAAUUUGUAUGGUAGGUUUAUUUGAACAGUGAGAGACAGAAUAACAACAAAAAAAUCCAGAAAAACGCAUAUCAAAAAUGAGGGAAAUAAGAAUUUGACCCCCUCUCAAUCAGAAAGAUUUCUGGCUCCCAGGUGUCUUUUUAUACAGGUAACGAGCUGAGAUUAGGAGCACACUCUUAAAGGGAGUGCUCCUAAUCUGAGCUUGUUACCAGUAUAAAAGACACCUGUCCACAGAAGCAAUCAAUCAAUCAGAUUCCAAACUCUCCACCAUGGCCAAGACUAAAGAGCUCUCCAAGGAUAUCAGGGACAAGAUUGUAGACCUACACAUGGCUGGAAUGGGCUACAAGACCAUUGCCAAGCAGUUUGGUGAGAAGGUGACAACAGUUGGUGCAAUUAUUCGCAAAUGGAAGAAACACAAAAUAACCGUCUAUCUCCCUCCAAUGGGGCUCCAUGCAAGAUCUCACCUUGUGGAGUUGCAAUGAUCAUGAGAACGGUGAGGAAUCAGCCCAGAACUACACGGGAGGAUCUUGUCAAUGAUCUCAAGGCAGAAUCAAAAUCACAUUGUAGGAUUUUUUAUGAAUUUAUUUGCAAAUUAUGGUGGAAAAUAAGUAUUUGGUCAAUAACAAAAGGUUCUCAAUACUUUGUUAUAUACCCUUUGUUGGCAAUGACACAGGUCAAACGUUUUCUGUAAGUCUUCACAAGGUUUUCACACACUGUUGCUGGUAUUUUGGCCCAUUCCUCCAUGCAGAUCUCCUCUAGAGCAGUGAUGUUUUGGGGCUGUCGCUGGGCAACACGGACUUUCAACUCCCUCCAAAGAUUUUCUAUGGGGUUGAGAUCUGGAGACUGGCUAGGCCACUCCAGGACCUUGAAAUGCUUCUUACGAAGCCACUCCUUCGUUGCCCGGGCGGUGUGUUUGGGAUCAUUGUCAUGCUGAAAGACCCAGCCACGUUUCAUCUUCAAUGCCCUUGCCAAUGGAAGGAGGUUUUCACUCAAAAUCUCACGAUACAUGGCCCCAUUCAUUCUUUCCUUUACACCAGGGGUGUCAAACGUACGGCCCGCGGGCCGGAUCAGGCCCGCAAACGGGUUUAAUUCCGGCCCGCGAGAUGAUUUUGAAAGAAAAAACUAUUAUUGCACACAGAGUCCAUGCAACUUAUUAUGUGGCUUGUUAAGCAAACGUUUACUCCUGAACUUAUUUAGGCUUGCCAUAACAAAGGGGUUGAAUACUUAGUGACUCAAGACAUUUCAACUUUUCAUUUGUUAUUAAUUUGUAAAACAUUUGAAAAACAUAAUUCCACUUUGACAUUAUGAGGUAUUGUGUGUAGGCCAGUGACACAAAAUCUCAAUUUAAUAAAUUUUAAAUUCAGGCUGUAACACAACAAAAUGUGGCAAAAGUCAGGGGUGUGAAUACUUUCUGAAGGCACUGUAUGUGCAACAAGUCAUCUCUCUCUCUCUCUCUCUCUCUCUCUGAACAGUAAUUCUUCCCUCAGAUUAUGCAUGUAUGAACUAGACAUUGAAGCAUCCAGCCCAAAGUGAGAGGUUUAAAAAAUACUUUCUUAGUCACCAAAGUACCAUGUUUUUAAACAUUUGGUUUCCAGGGGGGCAGUGCGGGCCAUGAGGAAGGUCAAAAAGUGUCUCACUCCCUGGGUCAGAAAGCUCAUAAUUAGCUGGGUCAUCGCAAGCACCAGCACCAGUGUAGAUACUACCAUGACCUGGUAGUAUAUGAGGAGCUGUAGGUCACGGGGGCAUUUGCCAAAGUCGUAGGAGAAAGCAGUUUAGGGACAGGGACUGCACGUCAAACUAAUUGCCAAAUGUAUCCAAAGAGAUGAAUUAAUGAAUUAUCUGAAUUAAUGAAUACAAUGAGGAGCAGGUUACAACAUUCUGGAACACGUGAUGUUAUAAUCAGAUUCUUCUAUUACAUCAUGUUGGGUCCAUAUCUUGUGUAUGUUUGACAGUGAACAGUAAACCCAAUUCACUUUUACAAAGCACAGCUAGCCAACUAGUAGUUUGACUUGUAAUUUGUACUGCCUACUUUUGAAAGACGAUUUCUUUAAUCAAAAUGGCACAGCUCUCCCAGAAGGGUGGGCUGUGCAACAUGAAGAUGUUAUUGUUGGCUGUUAUUUUCUGUCUCCUUUCGCCUGUUGCUGCAAAUGUGUUGGUGUCUUCAGAGCACAAGACUUUGAUGCCAGUGAAGGACCACCCUAUUCUGAACAACCCUGAUGCUACAAAAGAACAAGUUGAUAGUUUACGGGUGAAAGACUAUUCUUCUCCAGGUAAUGUGGGCCAGUUGACAAAAGGAUAUUCCUCAAAAAAUGUCAAAGACCCCCCGGACUUUGUAGAGCCCCUGAUUUCUGUUCCAGAGCACAAGCCGUUGAUGCCAGUGAAGGACCACUCUGUUCAGAACAACCCUGAUGCUACAAAAGAGACCAAUUUUAAGUCAUUGCUGGAACAACUUGAGAGUUUACGGGUGAAAGAAGAUUCUUCUCCAGGUAACGUGGGCCAGUUGACAAAAGGAUAUUCCUCAAAAAAUUCUAAAGAGCCCUCGGAGCUUGUAGAGCCCCUGAUUUCUGUUCCAGAGCACAGGCCUUUGAUGCCAGUGAAGGACCACCCUGUUCAGGACAUCCCCAAUGUUGCAAAAUGGACCAAAAUGGUGCAAGUGGACCAGAUGCUGGAACAACUUCAGAGGAUGAAAGAUGAUACUUUCCCAGGUAAAGCUAAAGUCCCACAGAUGAUUGUGGAGAAACUUAUUCCUUAUCUACAGGCUUACAAGCAAAAAGCAUUGCAAGGUGACAACAACGUCUUCAAAGAAAAUCUUCAGGCUCCAGCUCCAAAAGCUCAGAAGAGCACCCUGAAGAUCAAACCCAGAGUCAACAUAUUGACUGACCCUUCUUACUCCGAGCCACUUGUGAAGGUGAACCUGAUUUUGGGGCUUGUUUUCUAUGGCUUCAUCGUAAUAGUGGUUCUCUAUGAUGCUGUGAGAAUCUCCAAGGAGGCUAGAAGGCGAUCUGAUGCUAUUGCCACUGCCAGGUUGAAGAAAAGGGAACCAGCCACCGCUGAACCACAGACACUGGCAUCCAGAGUUCGGGAGAGCAUCUCUUCACGGUUUGGUUUGAAACAAGCAUCAUCCACACCACAGUGUGCCCCCAUUUCUGACGAUUCUGCAAAAGAGUUGCAGAAGUCAAAGGAGUUCAUCUCCACUAAGGACAAAUCUGAGUCGGAAAAGAGACCUGGAAAGAGUGCUGUCAGCCUGAGAGAGUGUGAGCCGCCUCUGCCUAGCAUCCCAGAUAACUUCCUUGUGCCUGACUCUGAGCCUGCCAUCCAGGUGGCAUUGAACCCAUUCGACACCAAGCUAGCCAAAGUUGUAUCUGACAAUGCUGAGGCAUCCAACUACGAGGCAACCGAGAAGCCCUGCUACACACAGUCUGGGCUCACUGAGGUUUGCGUCAAUUAAGACUGAGGACUACUUCUUAAACCAAGUGAUAUUGAAUAAAAGCUGCAGAUAUUACAUCUCCAAAUGAGAUCACAUGGAGACUGUCACCUUUGAAGACUUCCAUUUUCUGUUUGUAAUUUAAUUUCUUUAGAAUAGUAAUAAAAAUAUAUUGCAUUUAAAACAUAUGUUUCAAGUUAUUUUUGGGGUAUUUUGAUUUGUUGUUGUACUGUUGUGUUGUAAAUGCAAUAGGCAACAUUAUUUAAUUGAUAAAAUAAUAUAUUUUUCAGAGAAAAAAAAUUGUUAAACAUUAAAGAGAUUCUUCUGUACUUUUGUAUACUUUUUUUGCCAGUAGUUCUGAAAGUAGCACUCACGAGCCAAAAGUGUUCCCAGAGAAUUGCGUACUACGUCACAUAUGUGCAGAUACAGUGCCUUCAGAAUGUAUUCAUACCCCUUGACUUAAUCCACAUUUUGUUGUGUUACAGCCUGAAUUCAAAAUGGAUUAAAUAGAUUUUUUCUCACCCAUCUACACAACAUACAGAAAUAUCUAAUUUGCAUAAGUAUUCACACCCCUGAGUCAAUACAUGUUAUAAUCAACUUUGGCAGCAAUUACAGGUGUGAGUCUUUCUAGGUAAGCCUCUAAGACAGGGGUGUCAAACGUACGGCCCGCGGGCCGUAUCAGGCCCGCAAACGGGUUUAAUCCGGCCCGCGAGAUGAUUUAAAAAAAAAUAAAAAAAAAAAAAUUUAUUAUGAAAAUAAACUGCUGUUCCAAUUGCGUCCACUGGAUGGCGCAAUAGCAAUUGUGUUAAGCAAGCAAACUGUUUAUACCGGGGCAGAGCAAGUAGGUCAAGCACGUGCAGCCAAUGAGCUACUUUGUUUUGCCCGCGAUAUUUAUUACGGCUUCUACUUUUAACAUUAUGUGCUUUGGCACCCUCAUUGCCCCAAUAUGUCUCUGUCAAAAAAGAGAAAAGUGGACACAGAGUGCAGAGUGUUCCAAGAAAAAUGGUCAUCCUAUUUAAUCACGGAAUUGAAUGGGAAAGCUGUAUGUUUGGUGUGUUCAGAGCAUGUUGCAGUGCUGAAAGAAUAUAACCUUCGUCGCCACUAUGUGAGUCUUCAUGCCGACAAAUAUGACAACUUUCAAGGACAGCGGAGAUGAGAGAAGGUGAAUGAACUGUUGGCGGGUCUGAAGAAACAGCAGUCUGUGUUUACUCACAGCCGAGACAUCAGUGACGCUGCAGUGAAAGCUAGCUACCUCAUUGCUAAUGAAAUCGCAGUGGCUUCAAAACCAUUUAGUGAGGGUGAAUUUGUAAAAACAUGCAUGAUGAAGGCAGCGGAGAUUGUGUGCCCUGAAAAACGGCAGGCUUUUGCAAAUAUCAGCCUGACAAGAAACACAGUUGCAGACAGGAUUUCCGAUCUUUCAGUGGAUUUGGACAGCCAGUUGAAGCAAAAAGUAAAGUCAUUUAUUGUGUUUUCGGUUGCAAUUGAUGAAAGCACGGACAUUACAGAUGUUGCACAACUGGCCAUUUUUUCAUCCGCGGAGUUGAUGACACAUUGACCGUCACCGAGGAGUUCGUGGAGUUGGUGCCGAUGACAGAUACAACGACAGCAGCUGAUAUUUUUACCGCACUCGUCGGCGCGCUGGACAGGGUCGGAGUGGACUGGUCCCGCGCUGUCAGCCUGGCUACAGAUGGUGCGCCCUCAAUGAUCGGGAAAAAAGCAGGCGUUGUGACAAAGUUCAGAGAGAAAGUGCAAUCUGCAAAUGGAGGACGUGAUUUUUUGACUUUUCACUGUAUUUUGCACCAGGAGGCUUUGUGUUGCAAGUCACUUUUUCUUUAGAAUUUUCAAAUAAACUUGACGUGUUUUAUGAUUAAUAGUGAUGUUGUGCUUGUACUAUUUUGGACACACUGUCCUCAGGCUCCAGCUUUAUGUUGUAUGUUGAUCGUAUUAAAACAAAGAAAACAAUCUGAAGUUGUUGUUUUUAAGUUAUAUAUACCAUGAUUUUUCCGGUCCGGCCCACUUGGGAAUAGAUUUUCCUCCAUGUGGCCCCUGAGCUAAAACGAGUUUGACACCCCUGCUUUACACGGAUCAGUCGUCCUGGUCCCUUUGCAGAAAAACAGCCCCAAAGCAUGAUGUUUCCACGCCCAUGCUUCACAGUAGGUAUGGUGUUCUUUGGAUGCAACUCAGCAUUCUUUGUCCUCCAAACAUGACGAGUUGAGUUUUUACCAAAAAGUUAUAUUUUGGUUUAAUCUGACCAUAUGGCAUUCUCCCAAUCCUCUUCUGGAUCAUCCAAAUGCACUCUAGCAAACUUCAGACGGGCCUGGACAUGUACUGGCUUAAGCAGGGGGACACGUCUGGCACUGCAGGAUUUGAGUCCCUGGCGGCGUAGUGUGUUACUGAUGGUAGGCUUUGUUACUUUGGUCCCAGCUCUCUGCAGGUCAUUCACUAGGUCCCCCCGUGUGGUUCUGGGAUUUUUGCUCACCGUUCUUGUGAUCAUUUUGACCCCACGGGGUGAGAUCUUGCGUGGAGCCCCAGAUCGAGGGAGAUUAUCAGUGGUCUUGUAUGUCUUCCAUUUCCUAAUAAUUGCUCCCACAGUUGAUUUCUUCAAACCAAGCUGCUUACCUAUUGCAGAUUCAGUCUUCCCAGCCUGGUGCAGGUCUACAAUUUUGUUUCUGGUGUCCUUUGACAGCUCUUUGGUCUUGGCCAUAGUGGAGUUUGGAGUGUGACUGUUUGAGGUUGUGGACAGGUGUCUUUUAUACUUAUAACAAGUUCAAACAGGUGCCAUUAAUACAGGUAACGAGUGGAGGACAGAGGAGCCUCUUAAAGAAGAAGUUACAGGUCUGUGAGAGCCAGAAAUCUUGCUUGUUUGUAGGUGACCAAAUACUUAUUUUCCACCAUAAUUUGCAUUAAAAAUAAAUUCAUUAAAAAUCCUACAAUGUGAUUUUCUGGAAAAAAUAUUCUCAAUUUGUCUGUCAUAGUUGACGUGUACCUAUGAUGAAAAUUACAGGCCUCUCUCAUCUUUUUAAGUGGGAGAACUUGCACAAUUGGUGCCUGACUAAAUACUUUUUCCCCCACUGUAAGUGGGAGAACUUGCACAAUUGGUGGCUGACUAAAUACUUUUUUUCCCCACUGUAUUUGCGUGAUAAGAGUUAUGUGGAACAUUACUUGUUAUUUCCUCUGUCCCCCUCCUAGGUGUAUGUGGACCAGGUGGACGAGGACGUUGUGGCGGUGACGCGUCACUGUCCCAGCACACACCAGUCUGUGGUGGCCGUGUGUCGCACUGCUUUCCACAACCCCAAACACCACCAGUACAGGAAGGAGGUUCCACCCAUGUUCAUCCCUGGUAUGAUGCUUCACUGUUACCAUACACACGACACUGUCCUCAGAACGGGCCAUCCAUAGAAAUACAAUAAUACUAAAGUGGCCUAUGUCAUUCACCUUCAUAUAUGUCAUUCAUCUUCAUAACUCUAGAAUGUGCUGAUAAUGGCAGCCAUCUUGGUCAGGGAUCAAUUCCAAACCAAUAUUAUUGGAACAAAUGGCAAGAGAGGCACAGGAGAUGACAUGAGAACACUACUGACCUGGAUGCAGGACCUACUAUUUUAACACAAUCAACUUAAUCUCUCUCCAUCUCCAGGUAAAAUUGAUGAGGUGGUUCUCGAGGCGCGUAUCAUCGACAGGCAAGCCGGCACCUACAAGAAAUGUGAGAAGUACAUUAAUGGCAUGCCGGAGUACACUGUGGAGAUUAAGGAGCACAUCCAGGUAAUGUGACGCCAAGUGCCGGGGAACAUGGGUAAUUACAGUUGUUUAGGCCCCCUGUCACAAUGGGCUUGAGAUGUAAAGUCUUUCCUCUCAAACAAAACAAAUCCAUUCUCAGCCUGGGCAUCCGGUUACGUUUCACAAGCUGGUAUUGUGUCUGUAUUCUGUCUGGCUUGUUUGAGUUUCUAUUGAAUGCCAUUUAGUUUACAUAGCUAUUUACUCAGUGUUAUGUGCUUCGCUCAAUAUACUUUUUGCUAUUUAGUCAAAGUAAAACGUUUGGUAAUGGUGUAUACACCAAUGAUUUAUAUAUAUACACUAGAUGACUGAAAGGAGGUGCUGUUUUGAAAACACUGCGCCUCCAUCUUGGCACUCCCCCACCAUUAUAAAAAAUAUAUAUUUUAGAAGCUAUAGAAAUGCAUUUAUUAAUUUCUACAUUUGUUUUUGCCACAUUUAUUAUAUUACAGGCACCUUAAUGCAUAUUUUUGUAUUAUAUUAUGUGAGCUAAACAUUAACAUGUCAACUGAAAAUAUAUGUACAAAAAAUUACCUUAAAGUAUCAUUUUUUGUAUUUAAAAAAAGUAUACGUUCUAAUGUUACUGUCCCCACUACAACAACAAAUACUUAAAUGCAUGUAAUUUUGUCCUUAAAACAUUUCAUUUCAAUGCUGUAGAAUUCCAUUCAUUCCUAAGGAGGACUGCCGACAGGUGGCUUCAAAGCCUCUCAUUGGCCAAUACUUAGCAUUAGCAAUCCAGUGUUUAUAUACAUAAUUGAUAUAGACCAGCAAAAGCCAAUUCAGAAUUGUCCUCAACUCUCCUCUCAAUACCCCAUUGUGGACCUUGAUACUGUUUUGUCCUUGAUCUGGUCUUUUGUGUCCCCUGUCACCCCAGCUGAAGGACAGUGGCGUUGUGAAACAUGCAGGCGUGACAUCUAAGGGCAGCAGUGAGUUUGUCCAGGAGAUCGUCUUCGAGCGCCUCACCCCUGGCAGUGUCAUAGCCUUCAGGUCAGAGGUCAUGAUGAGCAGCCCAAUAUAAACACACAUUAAAUAGAAUAAAACACACACCAAUGUUAGUGAGGGGUGGCGCAGUGGUCUAAGGCUGUGCCACUAGAGAUCCUGGUUCGAGUCCAGGCUCUGUCGCAGCCGGCCGCGACCGGGAGACCCAUGGGCGGCGCACAAUUGGUCCAGCGUCGUCCAAGGUAGGGGAGGGUUUGGCCGGCAGGGAUGUGGGUUCGUUUCCCACGGGGGGCCAGUAUGAAAAAAAACAACAACAAAAAAACAUGUAUGCAUUCAGUAACUGUAAGUCGCUCUGGAUAAGAGCGUCUGCUAAAUGACUAAAAUGUAAAUGUAAAUGGGUGGGGAUGUUCUUUGGUCAGUUUGGCCUCCUAUUGUCCACACACAGCUCACAGGUAAUACUGUUGACUCUUCACCCCUUUGAUAGCUCAGUUGGUAGAGCGGAGGACUGUAGGUAAAAUAGCAUUGAUUUGUAGGUCGCUGGUUCAAAUCCAUCUUGAAGGAAAAAACCUUUUGGCCGAGGAAUCUCUCCAGCCAUGCAGACUGUAUGUCUCCUAGCCUGGUCCCAGAUCUGUUUAUGCUGUCUUGACAACUUCUAUGUUCAUGUCAGGCCAAUGGCACAAACAGAUCUGGGAUCAGGAGAUAUGUCUCCCUCUCUGAGAUGUAUCUGUGUUUCCCUCAUCAGGGUGAGUCUGGACCCCAGGGCCCAAGAGCUGGUGGGAAUCAUCAGACAUCACCUGAUCCAGUUCAGCCCGAAGUAUAAGCUUGGCAGUCUGCCCGACCAGCACACACCAACCAUACUGGAGACACCCCUGGCACAGUGAGUAUACAUCGCACAAAGACACGCUUGCACACACACAAACAUACACAUACAGUGAGGGAAAAAAAUAUUUGAUCCCCUGCUGAUUUUGUACGUUUGCCCACUGACAGAGAAAUGAUCUGUCUAUAAUUUUAAUGGUAGGUUUAUUUGAACAGUGAGAGACAGAAUAACAACAAAAAAAUCAAGAAAAACGCAUGUCAAACGCAUGUCAAAAAUGUUAUAAAUUGAUUUGCAUUUUAAUGAGGGAAAUAAGAAAGAUUUCUGGCUCCCAGGUGUCUUUUAUACAGGAAACGAGCUGAGAUUAGGAGCACACUCUUAAAGGGAGUGCUCCUAAUCUCAGCUUGUUACCUGUAUAAAAGACACCUGUCCACAGAAGCAAUCAAUCAAUCAGAUUCCAAACUCUCCACCAUGGCCAAGACCAAAGAGCUCUCCAAGGAUGUCAGGGACAAGAUUGUAGACCUACACAAGGCUGGAAUGGGCUACAAGACCAUCGCCAAGCAGCUUGGUGAGAAGGUGACAACAGUUGGUGCGAUUAUUCGCAAAUGGAAGAAACACAAAAUAACUGUCAAUCUCCCUCGGCCUGGGGCUCCAUGCAAGAUCUCACCUCGUGGAGUUGCAAUGAUCAUGAGAACGGUGAGGAAUCAGCCCAGAGAUACACGGGAGGAUCUUGUCAAUGAUCUCAAGGCAGCUGGGACCAUAGUCACCAAGAAAACAAUUGGUAACACACUACGCCGUCAAGGACUGAAAUCCUGCAGCGCCCGCAAGGUCCCCCGGCUCAAGAAAGCACAUAUACAGGCCCGUCUGAAGUUUGCCAAUGAACAUCUGAAUGAUACAGAGGAGAACUGGGUGUAAGUGUUGUGGUUAGAUGAGACCAAAAUCGAGCUCUUUGGUAUCAACUCAACUCACCGUGUUUGGAGGAGGAGGAAUGCUGCCUAUGACCCCAAGAACACCAUCCCCACCGUCAAACAGGGAGGUGGAAACAUUAUGCUUUGGGGGUGUUUUUCUGCUAAGGGGACAGGACAACUUCACCGCAUCAAAGGGACGAUGGAAGGGGCCAUGUACCGUCAAAUCUUGGGUGAGAACCUCCUUCCCUCAGCCAGGGCAUUGAAAAUGGGUCAUGGAUGGGUAUUCCAGCAUGACAAUGACCCAAAACACACGGCCAAGGCAACAAAGGAGUGGCUCAAGAAGAAGCACAUUAAGGUCCUGGAGUGGCCUAGCCAGUCUCCAGACCUUAAUCCCAUAGAAAAUCUGUGGAGGGAGCUGAAGAUUCGAGUUGCCAAACGUCAGCCUCGAAACCUUAAUGACUUGGAGAAGAUCUGCAAAGAGGAGUGGGACAAAAUCCCUCCUGAGAUGUGUGCAAACCUGGUGACCAACUACAAUAAAUGUCUGACCUCUGUGAUUGCCAACAAGGGUUUUGCCACCAAGUACUAAGUCAUGUUUUGCAGAGGGGUCAAAUACUUAUUUCCCUCACUGUACAGUGCAUUCAGAAAGUAUCCAGACCCCUUUACUUUUUCCACAUUUUGUUAUGUUACAGCCUUAUUCUAAAAUUGAUUAAAUAGUUUUUUUUUGUUCAUCAAACUACACUCAAUACCCCAUAAUGACAAAGCAAAAACUGUUUUUUAGACAUUUCUACAAAUGUAUUAAAAAUAUAAAACUGAAAUAUCACAUUUACAUAAGUAUUCAGACCCUUUACUCUGUACUUUGUUGAAGCACCUUUGGCAGCGAUUACAGCCUUGAGUCUUCUUGGGUAUGACGCUACAAGCUUGUCACACCUGUAUUUGGGGAUUUUCUCCCAUUUUUCUCUGCAGAUCCUCUCAAGCUCUGUCAGGUUCUAUGGGGAGCGUUGCUGCACAGCUAUUUUCAGGUCUCUCCAGAGAUGUUAGAUCGGGCUCAAGUCCAGGCUCUGGCUACUCAAGGACAUUCAGAGACUUGUCCCGAAGCCACUCCUGUGUUGUCUUGGAUGUGUGCUUAGGGUUGUUGUCCUGUUGGAAGGUGAACCUUCGCCCCAGUCUGAGGUCCUGUGCAGGUUUUCAUCAAGGAUCUCUCUGUACUUUGCUCCGUUCAUCUUUGCCUCGAUCCUGAUUAGUCUCCCAGUCCCUGCCGCUGAAAAACAUUCCCACAGCAUGAUUCUGCCACCACCAUGCUUCACCAUAGGGAUGGUGACAGGUUUUCUCCAGACGUGACGCUUGGCAUUCAGGCCGAAGAGUUCAAUCUUGGUUUCAUAAUUUUUACAUUUUAGUCAUUUAGCAGACGCUCUUAUCCAGAGCGACUUACAGUUAUUGAGUACAUACAUUUUUCAUACUGGCCCCCCGUGGGAAUCGAACCCACAACCCUGGCGUUGCAAGCACCAUGCUCUACCAACUGAGCUACAGGAGCUCUAGGGACAAUUCCUUUGAUCCCAUGGCUUGGUUGUUUCUCUGACAUGCACUGUCAACUGUGGGACCUUAUAUAGACAGGUAUGUGCCUUUUCCAAAUCAUGUCCAACCAAUUGAAUUUACCACAGGUGGACUCCAAUCAAGUUGUAGAAACAUCUCAAGGAUGAUCAAUGGAAACAGGAUGCACCUGUUUUUUAAAUCCAUUUUAGAAUAAGGCUGUAACAGAACAAAAAGUGGAAAAAGUCAAGGGGUCUGAAUACUUUCCGAAGGCACUGUACACACGAAUGUCCCGCUACACACACACACACACACACACACACACACACACACACACACACACACACACACACUGCUGUGCAAACACACCAAGUCUAUUGGAAAAGAGCUGAUGCAGGAAAAUAAAAUAUUGUAUUGUAUUUCAGGUUUAAAAAGGCUUCUGAAGUUUGUAAUUUCCACUUUGACAUUUCAGACUUUAUUUUCCCUUACGAAAAAUGUAGCAACCCCUACAAAAAUGUCCAUUAAUUAUAAUCCACAUAAUAAUUGACAUGUCCUGUUGCUGCAGGAGUAUUUUCCUGCUGUAGCAAACUUGCUCAAAUUAAAAUCCUACAUCUGUAUGGUAAUAUACUAUGUUUAUUUUCAGCAAACUUAAGACAUAAACUGAGACAUAAACUGAACAAGUUCCACAGACAUGUGACUAAUAUAAAUUGAAUAAUGUGUCCCUGAACAAAGGGGGGGUCAAAAUCAAAAGUAACAGUCAGUAUCUGGUAUGGCCACAUUUUUACAUUAUAAAAAAAAAAAAAACAUUUUAGCAGACGCUCUUAUCCAGAGCGACUUACAGUUAGUGAGUGCAUACUGGCCACCAGCUGUAUUAAGUACUGCAGUGCAUCUCCUCCUCAUGGACUGCACCAGAUUUGCCUGUUCUUGCUGUAAGAUGUUACCCCACUCUUCCACCAAGGCACCAGCAAGUUCCCAGACAUUUCUGGGGGGAAUGACCCUAGCCCUCACCCUCCGAUCCAACUGGUCCCAGACGUGCUCAAUGGGAUUGAGAUCCAGGCUCUUCGCUGGCCAUGGCAGAACACUGACAUUGCUGUCUUGUAGGAAAUCACGCACAGAACGAGCAGUAUGGCUGGUUGCAUAGUCAUGCUGGAGGGUCAUGUCAGGAUGAGUCUACAGGAAGGGUACCACAUGAGGGAGGAGGAUCUCUUCCCUGUAACGCACAGCGUUGAGAUUGCCUGCAAUGACAACAAGCUCAGUCCGGUGAUGCUGUGACACACCGCCCCAGACCAUGAUGAACCCUCCACCUCCAAAUCGAUCCCACUCCAGAGUACAGGCGUCAGUGUAACGCUCAUUCCUUCGACGAUAAACGCGAAUCCGACCAUCACCCCUGGUGAGACAAAACCGCAACUCGUCAGUGAAGAGCACUUUUUGCCAGUCCUGUCUGGUCCAGCGACGGUGGGUUUGUCUGGUGAGGACAUGCCUUACAACAGGCCUACAAGCCCUCAGUCCAGCCUCUCUCAGCCUAUUGCGGACAGUCUGAGCACUGAUGGAGGGAUUGUGCGUUCCUGGUGUAACUCGGGCAGUUGUUGUUGCCAUCCUGUACCUGUCCCAAGGUGUGAUGUUCGGAUGUACCGAUCCUGUGCAGGUGUUGUUAGACGUGGUCUGCCACUGCGAGGACGAUCAGCUGUCCGUCCUGUCUCCCUGUAGCGCUGUCUUAAGCGUCUCACAGUACUGACAUUGCAAUUUAUUUCCCUGGCCACAUCUGCAGUCCUCAUGCCUCCUUGCAGCAUGCCUAAGGCAUGUUCACGCAGAUGUGCAGGGACCCUUGGCCUCUUUCUUUUGGUAUUUUUCAGAGUCAGUAGAAAGGCCUCUUUAGUGUCCUAAGUUUUCAUAACUGUGACCUUAAUUGCCUACCAUCUAUAAGCUGUUAGUGUCUUAAUGACCGUUCCAUAGGUGCAUGUUCAUGAAUUGUUUAUGGUUCAUUGAACAAGCAUGGGAAACAGUGUUUAAACCCUUUACAAUGAAGAUCUGUGAAGUUAUUUGGAUUUUUACGAAUUAUCUUUGAAAGACAGGGUCCUGAAAAAGGGACGUUUCUUUUUUUGCUGAGUUUGUUUGUAUAGUGAGGAAUUGAUCAACAUACUGAUCAAUGGGGAUCUGUAGUCUCCAGUUGUGCCCAGUAAGGUGAGUGUGUGUGUUGUAAUGUUAUGUGACCCUAUUCUCUAUCCCCAUGCAGGAUCAUGUCUAAGCUGACCCUGGCCGACAUGAACAUGCUGCUGUUCCGCUGUGACUCUGAGGAGCAGGAGGAAGGAGGAGGCUGCUACAACAUCCCCUCCUGGACCAGCUUCAAGUACAGUGGCCUGCAAGGUACAGUACAAUUCACACUGAGGGGUCCAGUCAGCACCAGGGUUGGGGUCAAUUCCAUUUUAAUUCAGUCAAUUCACUGUAAAUUGAAAUAGAAAUGAGAAUUUUGCAGUUUACUUCCUGAAUUGACUGAUUUGAAAUUGAAUUGAUCCCAACCCUGGUCAGCACUAGGAUUUGGGUUGGUAAGCUGAUCCUAGAUCUGUGCCUAAGAGCAUCUGAAACUGGACAUAGACAUUAAAAACGUGUUACAUUGUUUUGAUACAGGUCUGAUGUCAGUGAUGGCGGACAUUCGUCCCAAGAAUGACUUGGGCCACCCGGUGUGUAACAACCUGAGACAGGGUGACUGGAUGAUCGACUACGUCAGCAACAGGCUGGUGUCCCGUGGGUGACGCUCUAGGAGAGGUGAGUACGGUUUGAGUGACAGUAAUUCAAACUGAAUGAAUCCCUCUUGAUUUUCCAUAGGCCUUAUGACAAAGUAGACAGACAAGACCGUCUGAUGAACUUGACAAUAAUGAUGUUAAAUAGAAAGAAAUACAUCCUAUAACUCUGCCCAUCUAAGAUCCAAGACCUGAGUUUUAAAUCUACCAGUGUGGUAGUAGUAAAAUGAGGAUCAUCAUUGUCACCAUUUUCCAUGGUCAUCAUUUUCAAAGUUGGUGUUAUCCAUAUAGCAUGUGUUGUCCGAAAUGUUUCCAGGUGGGGAAGUGGCUCGAAGGGAUGUUCCACUAUCUGAAGCACAUCCCUCGCUACCUCAUCCCCUGCUACUUUGACGCUAUCCUAGUGGGAGCCUACACCACGGCUCUGGACAUCACCUUCAACAAGAUGUCCAGGUAUGUCCCCACAGAAACAACCCUAUAAAUGUUUCUCACACACUCAACAUACAUUACGAAAAUGAUGCAAUAGAACAAUUGAAGAUACUUAAAUUAGAUUUAGUGAGAAUAUUUGUAUUAAAAAGGCCCUGUACCUUUAAGGGUGUGCCGAAAACUUUUUUAACUUAUGUGUUUUCUCGUGGUUUCUUCAGUUUUGUCCAGCAAUGGUGCACAAUGUUUUUAAUGUAAAACCAUGUUUUUCUCUGUGUUUCUGUCUUGUUCAGUUUCGUCCAGAACGGCUCCACCUUUGUCAAACUGCUGGCACUGGGCUCGGUCCAGAUGUGUGGUGUUGGCAGUUUCCCAGCUCUGCCCCCCUUGUCCCUGGCGCUACCCGACGUCCCCUACAGCCUCAACAAAGACACCGGCAAGAAGGAGCAGUGCUGCGUCUCCCUGGCCGCAGGUCUGCAUAGCAACCCCUCAUUUAUAUUAAUCAAUUCUAAUACUGUAAACAGUAGUCGGAUAACACCCAAAUAACCCAUAAUAUUUUUCUGUUGAUUUCUGGAAACUAAUGAUAAUAACCAUCAUGCUGGACUACAUUGAGUAGCCAAAUAACUGAUGUCUUUUGGUAAUCAUCAAAAUGGCCUAUCAUUGUCAGUCGCUUGGUAUUUUAAUGAAACUAAGCUAUAAGCUUCAGUUCAUGACCAAUUCAGCAGCUAUCAGCUGAUAAAGUCAUAUUUGUAUCUCUGUACCAUUUGAGAAUUGGUGUUAGAAUUUCAGCUCUAUUCAACCAUCUUCUUCCUUUAUUCAUCUCUACCAUGCUUCCUGUUUCACAGGUCUGCCACACUUCUCCUCUGGAAUCUUCCGCUGCUGGGGCCGAGACACCUUUAUCGCUCUGCGUGGACUCAUGCUGGUCACUGGUCGUCACCUGGAGGCUAGGUGUGUAUUCUCUAUAUUGUACUAGAAUCCAAAUGGAACUUCUUAGGUAUCAUUUUAUAUAUUUGUAUAUGUUCAUUCAAUGUUUAUUUUCUUGAACAGAAACAUCAUCCUGGCGUUUGCAGGCACCCUGAGACACGGUCUUAUCCCCAACCUGUUGGGCGAGGGCAUCAGUGCCCGCUUCAACUGCCGUGACGCAGUGUGGUGGUGGCUGCAGUGCAUCCAGGACUACUGUACCCUGGUGCCCGAGGGCACUGCCAUCCUCCACUGCCCCGUGGUCAGGAUGUACCCCCAUGAUGACUCCGAGCCCCACGCCCCUGGCACUCCAGUAGGUCACAGCUAUACACAUACCGUAUACACACAUAUGCAUAAAUGCAUACACACACUUUCUCUUUAUCUCUCUCGUACACACACUCACACAUGUACACAUAUAAACACCCACACACAUAUGCAUAAACACACACUCUUCAUCUCUCUCACAUGUACAACACAUACAGUAUAUACACCACAUACAGUAUAUACACCACAUAUAGUAUAUACAGCACAUAUAGUACACUGCUCAAAAAAAUAAAGGGAACACUAAAAUAACACAUCCUGGAUCUGAAUGAAUGAAAUAAUCUUAUUAUAUACUUUUUUCUUUACAUAGUUUAAUGUGCUGACAACAAAAUCACACAAAAAGUAUCAAUGGAAAUUAAAUUUAUCAACCCAUGGAGGUCUGGAUUUGGAGUCGCCUUCAAAAUUAAAGUGGAAAACCACACUACAGGCUGAUCCAACUUUGAUGUAAUGUCCUUAAAACAAGUCAAAAUUAGGCUCAGUAGUGUGUGUGGCCUCCACGUGCCUGUAUGACCUCCCUACAAUGCCUGGGCAUGCUCCUGAUGAGGUGGCGGAUGGUCUCCUGAGGGAUCUCCUCCCAGUCCUGGACUAAAGCAUCCGCCAACUCCUGGACAGUCUGUGGUGCAACGUGGCGUUGAUGGAUGGAGCGAGACAUGAUGUCCCAGAUGUGCUCAAUUGGAUUCAGGUCUGGGGAACGGGCGGUCCAUAGCAUCAAUGCCUUCCUCUUGCAGGAACUGCUGACACACUCCAGCCACAUGAGGUCUAGCAUUGUCUUGCAUUAGGAGGAACCCAGGGCCAACCGCACCAGCAUAUGGUCUCACAAGGGGUCUGAGGAUCUCAUCUCGGUACCUAAUGGCAGUCAGGCUACCUCUGGUGAGCACAUGGAGGGCUGUGCUGCCCCCCAAAGAAAUGCCACCCCACACCAUGACUGACCCACGCCAAACCGGUCAUGCUGGAGGAUGUUGCAGGCAGCAGAACGUUCUCCACGGCGUCUCCAGACUCUGUCACGUCUGUCACGUGCUCAGUGUGAACCUGCUUUCAUCUGUGAAGAGUACAGGGCGCCAGUGGCGAAUUUCCCAAUCUUGGUGUUCUCUGGCAAAUGCCAAACGUCCUGCACGGUGUUGGGCUGUAAGCACAACCCCCACCUGUGGACGUCGGGCCCUCCUACCACCCUCAUGGAGUCUGUUUCUGACCGUUUGAGCAGACACAUGCACAUUUGUGGCCUGCUGGAGGUCAUUUUGCAGGGCUCUGGCAGUGCUCCUCCUGCUCCUCCUUGCACAAAGGCGGAGGUAGCAGUCCUGCUGCUGGGUUGUUGCCCUCCUACGGCCUCCUCCACGUCUCCUGAUGUACUGGCCUGUCUCCUGGUAGCGCCUCCAUGCUCUGGACACUACGCUGACAGACACAGCAAACCUUCUUGCCACAGCUCGCAUUGAUGUGCCAUCCUGGAUGAGCUGCACUACCUGAGCCACUUGUGUGGGUUGUAGACUCCGUCUCAUGCUACCACUAGAGUGAAAGCACCGCCAGCAUUCAAAUGUGACCAGGAAGCAUAGGAACUGAGAAGUGGUCUGUGGCCACCACCUGCAAAACCAGUCCUUUAUUGGGGGUGUCUUGCUAAUUGCCUAUAAUUUCCACCUGUUGUCUAUUCCAUUUGCACAACAGCAUGUGACAUUUAUUGUCAAUCAGUGUUGCUUCCUAAGUGGACAGUUUGAUUUCACAGAAGUGUGAUUGAUUUGGAGUUACAUUGUGUUGUUUAAGUGUUCCCUUUAUUUUUUUGAGCAGUGUAUAUACAUCACGUAUAUACACCACAUACAGUAUAUACAGCACGUAUAUACACCACAUACAGUAUAUACACCACAUACAGUAUAUACACCACAUACAGUAUAUACACCACAUACAGCACGUAUAUACACCACAUACAGUAUAUACACCACAUACAGUAUAUACACCACAUACAGUAUAUACACCACAUACAGCACGUAUACACACCACAUACAGUAUAUACACCACAUACAGUAUAUACAGCACAUAUACUAUAUACAGCACGUAUAUACACCACAUACAGUAUAUACAGCACAUACAGUAUAUACAGCACAUACAGCACAUACAGCACAUAUAGUAUAUACAGCAUUUACAUUACAUUUUAGUCAUUUAGCAGACGCUCUUAUCCAGAGCGACUUACAGUUAAUGAGUGCAUACAUUUUUCAUACUGGACCCCCAUGGGAAUCGAACCCACAACCCUGGUGUUGCAAGCGCCAUGCUCUACCAACUGAGCUACAGGAGGCUACAACACAUAGUAUAUACAGCACAUAUAGUAUAUACAACACAUAUAGUAUAUACAGUCACACACAUAUGCAUAAACACACUCUACACACACGUACAUUGUAAUAUUGUUGUAUGGUGGUAAUAUACAUUUUGUAUUGUAGAUAUGUAGUGGUGUAAUAAUGUUAUAUGAUUAACUGUUUUAUCUUUUGUUUUAUGUAUAAUGUAAGUACUUGAAUGUGUUUGGAUCCCAGGAAGAGGGAGAGCUAAUGGGGAUCCCUAAUAAAUACAUGCACACACACACGAUCCCACAAACUCUCACAUGCGCACAUAUCACCUACACACAUUAUGCAUAAAUCCAUACAUGUCCACACAUACACCUACAGUACAUCAAGCGGGGGUACAGUCUAACGUCAUCCUCGUGUGUUUCAGUUCUCGUUCACACAGUCCCUUUGUGAUGUCAUCCAUGAGGCCAUGACUCGCCACAUGCAGGGUAUCGAUUUCAGAGAGCGCAAUGCCGGACCAAAGAUCGACAUGCACAUGAAGGACGAGGGUGAGUCUGCUACAGUCACCUCCGGUUGCGGUCAUACUUUGAGUUAAUAAGUAGGACCAGGAGUUUUUCCUGAUUACGUUACCUGAUUUUGAAAAAUGAUGUGUCCCGGUUAUUCCCUAAAGUGGCUCUCGUUGGUUAAGGUUUUUCUUAUGGUGCACAUUGUCAUAGUGUCUUGGUUCAGCAAACAUGGUAUGUUAUUAUUCUCCUUGCUCCCAGGCUUCAAUGUUGUGGCCAAAGUGCAUCGUUAUACUGGCUUUGUGUACGGUGGCAACCGCUUCAACUGUGGAACAUGGAUGGACAAAAUGGGAGAGAGCGACAAAGCUCGGAACAAGGGCAUGCCUGCCACACCCAGGUAAGACCAUCAUAGACCACCAAUAUAAUAGAAUACAAUACAAUACAAUACAAUGUAAACCAAACUGUUAGGCAAAGCCAGAGUAGUUGGACCUCUCUCCUGCUUCUUCAUAAAAGAUGAAGCUGUUAUAAAUGCACAUUCAAUUCAUGUUUCAUUUGAUCUGAUUUGACUCAUGUCCCUGGUUGUGUGUGUCUCAAGAGAUGGGUCAGCGGUGGAGAUGGUGGGCCUCAGUAAGUCUGCAGUACGCUGGCUGGUGGAGCUCCAUAAGAAGGGCCUGUUCCCCCACAGCUCCAUGAAAAUAGACAGGGAUGGUGAGUGCUGCCUGGACACGCACGCACGCACACACACACACACACAUGCAGUGCAGAUAUAUACACACACACAGACACACAUUCUAAUGUAUGCAAACACACGCACACGACUUCCCUUUCUCUAAUAAGACUUAAUGAAAACAUUUUUAUUCUAUAUUUGUUUUCCCUGGCAGGUAAGGAGUUGAAGGUGUCCUAUGAGGAUUGGAACCAUAAGAUCCAGGUCAACUUUGAGAAGAACUUCUAUGUGUCCCAUGAUGAGAAGGACCCCAACGAGAAGCACCCAGACCUGGUCCACAAGAGAGGCAUUUACAAGGACAGCCACGGAGCCUCCAGCCCCUGGUGUGACUACCAGCUCAGGCCCAACUUUUGCAUCGCCAUGGUGGUGGUGAGUUGCCAUCAGAGUGGCAUCAGCUCAUGCCCUGUUUCAUGUUUUUUCUCAUAGAGAAGCAUUGGAAUUUCAGUUUACUUCCAGAAUCGACUGAUUUAAAAUGGAAUUCACCCCCAAGGCCUUAGCCCUUUUCUUGCAAUGUUGUACAGUACCAGUCAAAACCUUGGACACACCUACUCAUUCAAGGGUUGUUCUUUAUUUUUUACUAUUUUCUACAUUGUAAAUUACACAUAUGGAAUCAUGUAGUAGCCAAAAAAGUGUUAAACAAAUCAAAAUAUUUUAUAUUUGAGAUUCUUCAAAAAGCCACCCUUUGCCUUGAUGACAGCUUUGCACACUCUUGGCAUUCUCUCAACCAGCUUCACCUGGAAUGCUUUUCCAACAGUCUUGAAGGAGUUCCCACAUAUGCUGAGCACUUGUUGGCUGAUUUUCCUUCACUCUGCAGUGUGACUCAUCCCAAACCAUCCCAAUUCGGUUGAGGUCGGGGGAUUGUGGAGGCCAGAUCAUCUGAUGCAGCAUUCCAUCAUUCUCCUUCUUGGUCAAAUAUCAAACAAAUGAUAGUCCCACUAAGCCCAAACCAGAUGGGAUGGCGUAUCGCUGCAGAAUGCUUGAAUUCUAAAUAAAUCACAGACAGUGUCGCCAGCAAAGAACCCUCACACCAUAACACCUCCUCCUACAUGCUUUACGGUGGGAACUACACAUGCGGAGAUCAUCCGUUCACCCACACGCGUCUCACAAAGACACGGCGGUUGGAACCAAAUAUCUCCAAUUUGGACUCCAGACCAAUUUCUUAGGCUGGUAACUCUAAUGAACUUAUCCUCUGCAACAGAGGUAACUCUGGGUCUUCCAUUCCUGUGGCGGUCCUCAUGAGAGCCAGUUUCAUCAUAACGCUUGAUGGCUUUUGCGACUACACUUGAAGAAACUUUCAAAGUUCUUGAAAUGUUCCGUAUUGACUGACAUUCAUGUCUUAAAGUGAUGGACUGUCGUUUCUCUUUGCUUAUUUGAGCUGUUCUUGCCAUAAUAUGGACUUGGUCUUUUACCAAAUAGGGCUAUCUUCUGUCUUUAUGUUUAGCUCACAUAAUAUAAUGUCAAAGUAUGCAUUAAGGUGUCUGUAAUAGAAUAAACAUGACAAAACCAAAUAUAGACAUUAAAAUGCAUUUCUAUAGCUUCCAAAAUGUUUUUUACAAUGUGGCUUCAAAACAGCGCCCCUCUAUCAGUCAUCUAGUGUAUAUAUAAAUCAUUGUUUUCUUGGCUACCCCUUGUGUGUAAAUAUAUCUAAAGAACUGUGUCGGUAGAAGAUGGUUAUAGUGGUGGGGGGGGGGGGGGAGUUUGCGAGGUAUUAAUGAGUUGAAUAUUUUCUCUAUUCUGUCCCUGAGGCUCCUGAGUUGUUCACGGUGGAGAGAGCCUGGAAGGCCCUGGAGGUCGCUGAGAAGAAGCUGCUAGGACCUCUGGGAAUGAAGACCUUGGAUCCAGAGUAAGAUACCUACAGCCAUUAAUAGUCAUUGGUAGGGCCAGAAGUUUUUCCUAUUCAGGUCAUAUGGUCAGGAAAAGCUCCUGGCCCCUCUUCAUUUACUGAUUAAUUUUCUAUAUAUAUUUUCUUGGCUUAUAUACUACUGACAUCACGUUUAUUUCUCCCCCAGUGAUAUGGUGUACUGUGGUGUCUAUGACAACGCCCUGGAUAAUGACAACUACAAUGUGGCCAGAGGCUUCAACUACCACCAAGGACCAGUGAGUGUGCCUCACUCAGGAUUUGGAGUUGUACCACACCUUAAAUGAGGAGUUAUUGUUCAACUUCUUAUGGCAAUGCUCCUGAGCGGAUAAAUAAAGUUGUAUUGAAUUGAUCUGAUGGGUAUAAUCACUUGUUUGUUUUUUAGGAGUGGCUGUGGCCAAUUGGGUACUUCCUUCGAGCAAAGCUCUAUUUUGCCAAGAAGAGCAUUCUCUCUCAGCAUUAUGUCCACCUGGAGAGGUAAAUACACAAAGACACAAACACACAUAUUUACGCACACUAUUUGAACAUCCAUCCAUGUCUCUUCUAACCCCCCAGGUCUAGUUGGAAGGGUCUGCCAGAGCUGACCAAUGAGAAUGGCCAGUACUGCCCCUUCAGCUGCGAAUCACAGGCCUGGUCCAUCUCCACGGUGUUAGAAGUCCUCUACGACAUGUAA